AUGCCUGCUAGUAAACGCCACAGGGACCCAGAGGAUGUAGCUCUCUCACUGGUUCCCAAACAAUCUAAAAUAGAGGACUUUUUUAACAAAUCUGCUUUUAUAGUUCCAACAAAAAAACGGUUUUCUCCUCUUGAAGAUGAUUGUGAGUGUGGGGAGAGUAUUCAAGGUGAGAGCGUGGAACUGGAUCCAGCAAUGGGGCAAGCUGAUCCUGUGCUCCUCAGAGAGGAAGGAAUAACAAGUAGGGAGAGCACCCAAUUAACUCUAAUUGCAAGAACGGUUGAGCAUAUCUUCCAGCAAAUUAGAGGUAAUGCCUCUCAAAUAACCCAAUUAUCCAGAGAGGUCCACAGUUUAUCAGUUAAUAACAAGCAGGCAUCAACAGAACACCAUAGUACCAAAGGAAAUUGGCGACAACAAGAGCAGACCCCUAAGCUCAACAUAGAACGUGCAGAGGCUCUCAAAACAAACUCUUCUUAUUUAAUCUUCCAACCAAAAAAGAUCUGCAUGACAAUUUGUGGAAGGCCAGAUCAAACUCCUAGCUGGAAAGGUGCCCAGCAUUCCAAACAACAUUUAUCAGACUUACUUGGCAUUGGACUUACAGAGAUCGACCUCGUUAGGACUGAACUAUUGAAUACCACAAAUCAAAGCCAAAAAAUUAUGUUAACUUUUUCCUCUACUAGACUGCCCUCACUGAUUCACAAGCUGAAAUUCAGAUUGUCAAGCAGAGGAGUUUUUCCAACCUGGGUAUUUCACAAUUCUAUUGUUGCACCCUUAUGUAAGAUGAGGACUGGUGCUUCAGAGGGGCUCACAAAACCAAAGCCUGGAUCCCCAAUGGAAGUAAUGACAUCACAAAAAAACUUGACAGGUGGGGAGGAAACAGACAUGCCUGAGUUGAAUUCGCAGGAUCAUGCCCAACAUCAAAAUAACCAGGUGAGCCAAAAGGAACAGCCGAUUCCUCUAGACAAUUAUCUUCAGGAAUCUGAGCACUCUGUAAAUCCUUUGGAAGAGGAUUUUCUCCGCUCCUUUAGGAAUCUCCCUCAGGAAGAGCAACAAACAGUUAUCAAGAGGCUUGAUCUUAUGAGCCAGACAUUGAAAGAGAUUAAAGAACCGGAGGCAGAGAUUGAUAAUAGACCCAAUGGCCACAACAGAAUGAUAACUAUAGAACCACCGGAGUAUUGGACAAAGAUGAGAUAUUUAGAAGAGGAGGAGUCAGGAAAUACACCCAAGGAAUCCCCACUGGCAAGCAAUUUGCAAAGAAAAGGCCCAGUGAUUACAAAUGUGAGUACUUUAUGUACGAUGACUGAAAUAAUUGAACAUCUUGAUUAUUCCACUAGCAUUAGCAAUACUCUGUUGCCUCAAAAACUGGUAAACUCCGAGAGUACAUUGGCCAACAAUUGACUAAGAGUAAAUCACUGUAAAACAAUUAAACUUCUCUCAUGGAAUGUAACAGGGUGGAUGAACAAGAUCCAAGACAGUGAUUUCUGUUCUUAUCUACAAACACAUGAUAUCAUCUUUCUUCAAGAAACCUGGGCAAAAGAGGGCACUAUGGUUGAAUUACAGGGUUUUACAAGUUACACUCAACCAGCUCUUAGAACUGUAAAGUAUGAAAGGCCUAGUGGGGGGCUGGCGGUGCUGGUGUCAACCUCUCUUAAUGUAUCAAUUCAACAGUGUCCCUCGUUGACCACCCCUAAUUUUUUAGUGUUGUCCCUUUCUGAUAGUCUCCUGAGAAAUACUUAUUGCAUCUGUGUGUACAUACCUCCAGUAAAGUCUUGUGGGGAACUGAGAUCAUAUUGGGAUAAACUUGACCAACUACUCGAAAGUAUAGACUCUCUGUCACCUAACCCUCGGCUUGUCUUGGGAGGUGACUUCAAUGCCCGGAUCGGCCUUGUUUCCCCACAAAAUACAAUAUUAUCUGGACUAAACUUGGAGGACGAACCUGAAAUCUGUCAGAGGGCAGCAAUGGACACCACCUCUAAUCGCGCUGGGAAAUAUAUUUGUGAACUUAUAAUAAAGCAUAACCUUUUGUUAUGCAAUGGGCACGGUCAAGGGGAUCAAGAGGGUUAUUUUACUUUUAUCUCCCCCAGAGGAUUUACUAGCACCAUAGAUUAUAUCCUAACAUCUAAUAAUGUGCCAGUUAACCGAGUUACCUUCAGGAUAAUUCCCAGAGCUGAAAGUGACCACUUUCCACUUGAGUUAUCUCUGACAUCAUUCUUUUCUCCUGCCUUUCCUAAAUUACUGGAUGAAACAGAAUAUCUGAUACUUGGAAAUAGAAGGUUAAAAUGGAAUGCACAGGUCCAAGAAAAAAUGAUUCAGAUCCUGGAUUCCCAUGAAUUUGCUUUAUUAAAGGGGGAAAUGUUGUUAGACACAGGAAACAUAAUUGGACUUUAUGAGAACACAACCAACCAAUCAACCGAAUGCGCCCACUGAUGACCACAGCUAGUGUGAUAAAAAACAAAAAGUUUAAGAGACAGACUUGGUUUGAUAAGGAAUGUCAGAAUAGCAAAAAAUGCCUAGCUAGGGUACUUAGAAAAUUGAAGUUAAAACAGGAUAAGCACAAUCUUGCUCUACAAGCUGAGGUAGCCCAGUUACGAAACAAUUACAAAUUAUUACUUAAAAGCAAGAAACAAAUAUAUUAUGAACAACAGUGAAAAGAAUUGGGAGAUGCAGCACUUCAAAAGGACUCACGGAAAUUUUGGCAUCUGGUUGCCCAAGGCACAAAUGGGCUGGGCUACUCAUUAGAAGCAUCUGUCCAAGGAAAGGAUUGGGUGACAUAUUUUACAGAAAUAUAUGGCCCCUGUCCUGACCCACCCCCACAAGUUUACUAUACUCAGUUAUCUUAACUGCCAGAAUGGCUCAAUCAGAUUAAGAGGCUAAUCGCAAGCCAACUAGCUAAUAAAGCUCCAGGAGAAGACAUGAUCCCAAUGGAGAUCUAUAAGAUAAGACCUGAUUUCUGGUCACCCAUUUUUGCAAAAUUGUUUUCAUACAUUAACAGCUCAGGUCGCAUACCUGAAGGGUGGAAGUUGAGUAUAAUUGCCCCAAUAUAUAAAAAGGGUGAUAAGAAAAACCCUGCCAAUUAUAGACCCAUUAGUUUGUUAGAUGUAGCCUCCAAACUAUAUGCCAGGCUCCUUCUUGGGAGGCUAGAAGAAUGGGCAGAUACAAAUAAGGUGAUAUCUGAAGUCCAGGCAGGUUUCCAAAGAGGGAAUCCACAUUGGACCAGUGCUUUGUGCUGAACUUUCUGCUAUAUAAAUACAUCCACAAUUUGAAGCAAAAAUUAUAUGUUGCUUUUAUCGAUCUAAAGUCAGCUUUUGAUACGGUCCCAAGACACGCAUUGUGGCAAAAAUUGGAAAAGACAAAUAUAGACCUCCGUCUAUUAUUUCUCAUCAAAACAUUAUAUACUGACACAUCAAUACAAGUAAAGGUGGAUCUGGCUGGCCAUCUCACCACUAGAAUUAAGACCAUUACUGGAGUCAAACAGGGAUGCAUUUUGGCACCUUUCCUGUUCAAUUUUUAUAUUAAUGACAUGGUUAAAGAACUGGAGGGCCUACAGUUUGCCCCUGUCACAAUUCUCGAACAAAAACUCCCAGUUUUAAUGUAUGCUGAUGACCUAGUACUUGUAUCUAGAACCCAGGUGGGCCUGAGAUGGCUGCUUGCAAAAUUAAGUUCAUAUUGCACGAGGAAUGCUUUAUCUAUAAACUAUGAUAAGACGCAGGUCAUUGUAUUUGGGAAGCGUUCUAAAAAGCAUGUUUGGCACCUGGAUGAGCACAUCAUAAAGCAAGUAAAUAUGUUUAAAUACCUGGGAUUGAUUUAUUCAGAAACGGCAUCUUGGAAUACACAGCUAUCCAAUAUUAAAUUGCAAGCCUUUAAAUCAGCAAAAGCCAUUCUGAAAUUCGCUGCCUGUAAAGGUGGAAAUCUGGUCAACCCAGCUCUAUCUGUGUAUAAAGCAAAAACAAUGGCCCAGAUUUUAUAUGGUGCAGAGGUUUGGGGUACCGCAAAGGUCUCCGGUCUGGAACCCCCACAGAAUUAUUUUAUAAGAGUUCUUUUAGGUUUACCCAAAGACGUGCAAUCUGCCAUGGUCAGGUUGGAAACUCGCAUGUUGAGCAUAGAGAGCCAAAUAGAUAAAAGAAUUCUCUGUUACUGGUUUAGAGUUCAACAGAUGGACAACACUAGGCUACCAAAAAAAUGCCUGAUUGAGCUCUCAAAUGGAUUACCCCUUAAAAACUGGGUACAUCAUGCUGCCCAACUGAUGGGCAAAUAUGACCUCUCAGUGACUGAGAUUAAAGAACUCCCCUUAUAUUCACAGAAAAAUAUUUUUAAACGAACCAUAAGGGCAGUGGCAACUAAAAAUGAUCUAAACUCUAUGUGCACAUCUACAUGCGCCCCAUUGUAUUUUAAACUUAGAGAGGUCAAUGAACACACAUCUUAUUUUAAUGAAUUGACUUUUGCACAGCUUCGAAAAGCUUUUACAGAGCUACGACUAAAUACAAUAAGCUCUGCUUAUAGAGAUGGGAGACACAGAGGCAUACCAAAAAAUGAACGUGUUUGCAUUAGGGGAUGUUCUGAAGUAGAGGACCUUAUGCAUUAUAUCUUGCACUGUCCGUUAUAUAAUGAUGCAAGAAAAAGAUUUUUGGUACCUAUAAUGACAGGGUCCCCUGGCCAGAACCCCUUUGACAUGAUGUUAUAUCUCCUUGCAGACACAGAUAAGUAUGUGACCUGGCGGGUAGCACUUUUUGCAACUGCUGCUAGGAAAAUUAGAGCAAAUUAUAUAGCCAAGGUAGCCAUUAACUGUAAAGGAGAUGAAUUUAUUUGAUCCUAUCUAUCUACCUCAGGCUAUGCUCUUUGUCACCAAACUCUGAGUAUAAAUUGCACACUGUAUUAAUUGAUAUUGUUUUUAACAUUAGUGACCAUGUGAUGAUUUUAGCUCAUGAAUUUUAUUGUUUAAUGUUUUUAUUUGCACAUUGGGGUACUUUUAUAGCUUUGUUUAGAGUACGUAAUGUUUUAAUAAUAUAAAUGUUUUAAGUCUUUUUUUAUCAAUUCAGUAUAUUUUCUUUUAAUUGUCAAAUAAUUCUGUGUACAUUGCGGCAGCCUUUGGCUAUGUGCAAUAAAACUGACUGAGACUGAGACAUAUGAAAGAUAAUAUUAGAAAUAUAGUGGAUAUUCUGGAAAGAUUAGAGACUAAGAGAAACACCAAAGCAUUAUUAAUGUUUAUUGAUGCGGAGAAAGCCUUUGAUAAUAUCUCUUGGCUUUUUAUGGGAAAAAAUUUGGAAAGUAUUGAGGUUGGUCAACAAUUUUUAAAUAGUAUCAAAGCGAUCUAUUCUGAACAAAAAGCUAAAAUUAUUAUUAAUAAUGUGGUAUCGGAAGAAAUUAAGAUUGAGAAAGGAACCAGGCAAGGGUGCCCACUUUCCCCUCUAUUAUUUAUUGUGGUCCUGGAGGUCUUGCUGAACAGUUUGAGAAAAGAAGAGAAAGUCAAGGGCAUUGUAGUGGGUACUAAGCAAUAUAAAUUAAAAGCCUUUGCUGAUGAUUUGGUUUUAACCUUACAGGAUCCAGAGACCAGUGCAGUAAAAGCACUGGAGAUGAUACAGGAGUAUGGGCAGCUGGCUGGUUUUAAAUUAAACAAGAGCAAAACCAAAGUAAUCGAUAAAAACUUAGAUAAAGUUGAAAGAAAAACCCUAAUAGAAAAAACAGGCCUAGCAUUUAUGAAGAAGGUUAAAUACUUGGGUGUGAAUUUAACAGUUAAGAAUUUGAAUUUGUAUAAAGAUAAUUAUGAGAAAAUAUGGAAUGAAAUAAAAAGAGAUUUAGAGAUUUGGUCAAACUUAAAAUUUUCACUUAUGGGACGAAUAUGGUUAAGAUGAAUGUAUUGCCAAAAAUGCUGUUUUUAUUUCAAACUUUACCUAUCAUUGAUAAUGUCAAAUUUUUAAAGAAUGUUUUAAAGAAUGGCAGAAGGCCCUGUCCAAAUUUAUCUGGCAAGGGAAAAAACCGAGAAUUAAGUAUAAAUUACUUACAGAUUCAAAAGAAAGAGGAGGCUUUUCCCUACCUGAUUUAAAGAUAUAUUUUGAGGCUGCGGCCUUCUGCUGGAUUAAAGAUUGGAUCAAUUUAGAAAAUGAGGACAUUUUGGACCUAGAAGUAUUGGACAAUAGGUUUGGCUGGCAUGCAUAUCUUUGGUAUGACAAAAUAAAGGCCCACAGUGGCUUUAAGAAUCAUAUAAUUAGGAAGGCACUUUUUAAUGUUUGGUCUAGAUAUCAGGAUCUUUUGGUAAGAAAAACACCCAAAUGGAUUUCACCAAUGGAAGCGCAGGCACACAAAAAAAAGCUUAAUAUGGAAAAUAAGUGGUUGAGAUACUCAGAUUUAUUGGUUGAAGAUGGGGAGGGAUUUAAGUUAAAAUCAUUUGAACAAAUCAAAGAUAAAGUAAAUUGGCUUCAAUAUUACCAAAUGAAUGAAUUAUUUAAGAUUGAUAAGAAAAAAGGUUUUGCAAUUGAGAAAACCAAACUGGAAACGGAGUUGUUAGAUACUAAUGUUAAAAAUUUGUCUAAAAUGUUUGUUAUUGGAGUGGCAUACAAAAGAUGAGCAAGCAAAAUCGGUUAUGAUUGAUUGGGCACAAGAUGUGGGACAUAAUAUAAUGAUGGAGGAUUGCGAGAGACUUUGGAAGAAAGGGGUUAAGUUUACUGCAUGUACAAUGCUAAAGGAAAAUAUUAUGAAAAUGAUGUAUAGAUGGUACUUAACCCCUGUUAAACUGGCGAAGAUCUACCACAAUUGUGAUAAUUUAUGCUGGAAAUGUAAAGAAAAGGAAGGUACUUUCUAUCAUAUAUGGUGGACUUGCUCCAAGGUAAAAGACUUCUGGGGAAAAAAUUAUAAUGAAUUAAAAAAUGAUGAAAUAUACAUUUAUGAAGAAACCAGAAGCCUUUCUCCUUGGAAUAACAGGUUCUGAACUGCCCCAAAAAGAUGUAAAAGUAUUUUUGUAUGCCACAACUGCUGCACAGAUUUUAUUAGCCAAGAAAUGGAAAACACAAGAAUUACCAACGGUAGAAGAAUGGCAGAUGAAGAUGAUGGAUUUUAUGGAGCUGGCUGACCUCACCGGGAGAAUCCGCGACCAGAAAGAAGAGGAACACCAAGAAGAUUGGGAGAAAUUUAAAGACUAUUUGAAUAAAUAUUGUAAUAUUAAAGAUAUGUAAUCACUUGAAAGAAACAAUUAGGCCUAGGAUUAAAAUGGAAUUCAAUUUACAAAUAAGAAAAUCUACGAUAAGGAAAGUUAUGUAACAUGAUUAGGACUGUGAUAUGGUUUUCUGAAACACUGAUAUUGGAAACUGCUACAUAUAAUUACUAAGAAAUUCGGAUGGAAGAGAUUCGAGGAAGUCAAAUACUAUGUUUAUGAAGAUGGAUGGUACUUAAUUUUAAUUAAUUAAGUGGCAAUAUGUUGUAUGUAUCUUUUUUCUUUUCUCUCUUUUUCGCCUAUUUUUUGUUUGUCUUUAUUAUUGUUAAUCUCUUCUUUUUUAUUAUGUUUACCUACUGAAAAUAAUAAAUAUUAUUUUGGGGGGGGAAAGAAUUUGACAAAUCGUUUCUCUAUUUCUUUAGGGUUGUUUAUUAUGUUGCCUUCGUACUUAACUCUAUUUAUAAGCCUUUCUGCCUCUCUCUCUUUUAAUUGCCAUGCUAAUAACCUUCCUGGUUUAUUAGCGUGUUCAAAGGUUUUUGUUUCAAUAAUCUUAAUUUCCAUUCCAUUUCUGUGUUUAUUAGCAUUAAAUAUUGAGAUUGUAGUAUCUUAAUAUUUCUUUUUAAUUCUACACUAUUUGGUUUUGUCAGAUGCUGUUGUAGUUGCUCGAGAGUAACCAGGCAGGACUCCAACCUGUCUUUUACAGGCUUUAUUUUGGUGCAAACUAUUUACAGUGAAGAGCGUCAUAAGUUCAUGUCUGGCUCAAUCGCUAGCAGAACCCGGGAGUGGUCUGUUUUUGUACCUCCCCCAACAUAAAAGUCUCGUCACCCCCAGCCGUUUCCGCCCCUCCCUGAGCUUCAGACUACUGCGCAGGAUGGGCGAUGGCAAGGGCGUGCUUCCCGCCUCUCCGGCUUGCUCAGGCGCGGUGUUAAGGCUCUUCCUAGCAUCCUCUCGUCCUUGCACCUCUUCUCCACUCAGAGGUGGGGCUUUCCUCCUCACUGGAAGAAGAACGGCUUCGCAAGAUUUUCGGAGGCUCCCUGUAACACAACUGCCCUUCUAUCUCUCGCCCUGAGCCGAUGGCAGUUCCCUGACAGGUUUUUUGUAUAAUUCCAACUCGCUUUUUCUAAUCUCCUCUAAGAUUUCUUGUUUGUUUUUUUCCUUUUGUUUUCUUUGAAUUACGUUUUGUUGAAUAAAGAAACCUCUUAAGACAGCUUUACUAGCAUCCCAGACUAUUUUUAAAUCAGUGUCCUUAUUUAAAUUCAAUUCAAAAAAUUCCUUUAAGGUCUUUUUUGCUUUUUCUAUUAUUGUUUCAUCUCUCAAUAAAGUUUCAUUUAAUUUCCAUCUUAUAGAUUUCCUCUUUCCCCAAGUCAGCGUUACUUGUACUGCAUUAUGGUCAGCUAUUGUCUUUGGUUGAAUUUCAGAUUUACAUAUUUUGACUGUCAAAUCUUUUGUUAGCCAGAUGGCAUCAAUUCUUCCUGCCGAGUUAUUAGGGUAGGGGAAAAAAGUGUAUUCUUUCACUGUCGGAUUUUGUAUUCUUCAUGCGUCCUCUAAACUUAACAAAUCUACUAACUGAAAAAAGGUUUUUGGGAGUUUUAUUUGCUGUUUUUAGUAGUCUUUUUUGGAUCUGUCUAGAUCAGGAUUUACCACGCCAUUUUGGUCUCCUAAAAAUAUAAUUUUCUCUCCAAUAAACUCCCCCAACUCUUGUUCCAGCUUUUGAUAAAAUUAACUUUUUUUUUCAUUCGGUGCGUAGAAGCCGAUAACUUUAAUUUUCUCCCCCUGGACUGUUAUUUCUAUCGCAACGACCCUUCCUUGUGAAUCUUUAUAGAUCAAUUUUGGCUCAAAAUGCUUUUUUGCGUAUAUUACAACUCAGUUCUUCUUGGAUUUAUCUGAAGAAACAAAAUCAAGUCUUAUUGGAUAAAAUUAUUGUGUGUUGUUUUGUGAUAUGAGUUUCUUGCAAACAUCAAAACCAAUUUCUGUUUGCUGAGUAUGUAUUCCACCUUGUUUCUUUUCUUUUUAUCAUUUAAACCAUUUACCUUCCAAGUAACAAUCCUUAAUUCCAUUAUUUACUACACAGUGAUUCAACUUCUUAAAAAUAAUAAUAAUAAAAAAAAAAUUCAGAGAAGUCACUUGUCCUUAAUGCUUAAGAUUUGUCCUCCUCUGGUUGUUUUUUAAGAUCAUCCGCCCCUCCUCCCAGCUGUCUUUUGCCUUCUAAUUCUUCUCUAUAUGUUCUCCAAAAUUUGUCAGUGUCCUCCCAUGUAAAAAAUCUUCUCCUUUUCUCUUUAUAAAGAAAGGAAAUUCCCUCAGGGAAUUCCCAUCUGUGCACAAUUGAUUUUUUAUUUAUGGUUUCCACCAACGGUUUAUAUUUUUCCCUUUUUCUUAAAAGCCUUGAUGGAACAAUUUUAUGAAUGAUUAUGUCUGUUUCCUGAAUUUUAAGUUUUGUCUUACUGCUAAUUUGUAGUAUUUUAUCUCUAAUAUUCAUAUUCACAAAAGUUACCAGACAGUCCCCAGGCCAAUUAUUUGCUCUUGCAAUUCUUGAUCUGAUUCUAAAGGCUCUCUCAAUUUUGUUUCUCAUUUCCUGCUCUUCUAUUCCAAUCCAUUUGGCUAAUUCUGAUGAUAUUUUUUUGCUCUAUCACUUCAUCUGGUUCUUCUGGAAUAGAUCUAAAUCUCAAUGUUCAGUCAUAGAGAUGGCAUCUAGGACUGUCUCAUGGGUUUCUUUCAUAUCUGCCAGCUCUUUCUUAAUUUUUUCUGUUUCCCCUUUUUUCUCCUCUGUUCUCCUUCUGUACUUUUCUUACCCCUUCCUCUAAACUUAUCGUUUUCCCUUUUAAUUCUUGUACAGUCUUUGUUAUUUCCAAAUUUUUAACCACCAGAUCAUUGAUUUUAACCAUCAUUUCUAACACCAUUUUUGCAUUUUCCUCUAUUUUUUGCCCCAUCUUAUCCAACUUUUGAUCUGUUGAUCCUGUAUUGUUGUUCAUCUCUUUCAGUUCUAGAUAUUCCUUUUAUUUUGGGCACUCAGUAUUAUAUUUUGUUAUUUUUAAUUAAUAUAUAUGUAUGUGUAUAAACAUAUAGAAUGUGACACUCUCCCUUUCUUCUCCACAAAAAUAAAGGCAAGUUCUGGACAAUCGGUACGGAUUAAUGCACUGGCAAAUUGGCAAAAUGUUAAAGUUUGUGGGUCGUAAAGUCUGCUGCAAUGGCACUGCAAUAAAUUUGAUUUAUUGCCACUCCGGCUGAAGGGAAGUUCUCAUUCUGCACAUAACUGUGGCAUUAUGGGAAGUCCUGCUUCUUUUCUCUGGCAUUAUGGGAAGUCUCACUUCUAAGCUUUUCUCUGCUUCUGUACAUACUGUACAACCCGUUCUAAAUACCAAGACAUUCCCUCAUUUCUCUAGGAUGCUCAGUUCAUCUUAAGUUCAUGAAAACACUCUGACCUGUUCUUAAUGCAUAGCUGACCACAUCUACGGAACUCGAUUAUUAUAUUCUUUCAUGUUAUGAUCAAGCAUUAGUAAUUGUUUUAGUCAUGCUAUAUCAAUCAUUAGUUAUAAUUUAAUUAGGAGGUUUCAUGCCUGUCUAGUUCUGUGCUCCCUUUCCCAGCCUUUAAUCUAUUGGCAUCAGCCCUGUCUGAUCCGCAGCAUACAGCCAAUCAACUUUAUGGCGCGGGUCAGUAUGAUAAUAUACCAGCCCAGGCGACGCUGACACCUUUACAUUUUAGUCGCACCGCGACCUGUGUACAACGCGCCUUCCGGAAAGUCCCUGUCUCAGGGCAACCGCUGAGCUCCUUUGUCAAUAUUAAGCAACAGCAUUCGGAGCCCUACCAUCAGUUUAUAGAUAGAUUGAAAGAAUCAGUCACUAGGCAGAUUGAUAACACUACAGCUCAAAAUGAAUUGAUGAAAAAAUUGGCCUUUGAAAAUGCAAACAUUGAUUGCAAGAAAGCAUUGCAGUCAAUCAUACAUCGCCCUAAAUAUGACCUGGCCGAUAUGAUUCAAGCUUGUGCGGAUGUCGGUAGCCAGAGCCAUGCGAUGUCUUUGCUUGCCGGCGCGAUCCAAGCUAAUAAUAAACCUACAGGCAAUUGCUUUAAUUGCAAGCGCCCAGGCCAUUUUGCCAAGCAAUGCAGAGCCCCUGGCGGGGGGGCAAACAGAGAUGGUGCUGCCAACAAGACUAGACCUUCCAAAAAAUGCCCGAAAUGUGGAAAAGGCUAUCAUUGGGCAAAUCAGUGCAGGAGUCCGGGAAACCCCAUAGCGGCCCCACUCUUGGGCCAGGACAAAUAGAGAGCCCUCCGCCUUUAGUCUCCGCUGCUGAAAAAUUUUCUAAAUAUACACCCUCUGAUUUUGCCAUUGAAUUGAUCAACCAAGAGACCAAAGACACUGUUUUACCUGGUGAAAUUGUGCUUAUGCCCACCCAAUUGGCAGGCCCACUGCCUCCUAAAGUCGCAGGUUUAAUUUUACCCAAAUUUUCUGCGGCAAAAGAAGGAAUCCAGGUUAUUCCAGGAGUUCUGGAUCCUGACUAUGUGGGCACAAUAAUGGUUCAACUUUGGAGCCAUAUGCCCAUGCAGUUAAAUAAGGGUGAGUCCUGGGCGCAUUUGGUGGUGCUCCCUUCUCAUCCUACUGCUUCUAUUAUGGAUAGUAUUAUGGAUAGUAAUUUGCACGAGCUCUCUUCUUUCCCUCCGCAGCUGUUAGCUGUAGUCCAGAGGAUUGGUGAAAAGAAACUUCUUUUACUCAUCGGCACAAUCAAAAGUAAAAGGUAUGACAAGUGAUGACGCCUUUGCUCAAGUUUUGGCUAAGGUUAAUGAAUCGUUAAAUAGAAUAAGUCAACAAGUAGCAGAGGCAUGUGACAAGAUUGAUCAAAAUACAACAAGUAUUAAUCAGAAUACAGCAAGCUUAAACAAUUUGAGCCAGAAAGUAAACACUAAUACAGAGACUAUUCAGAAAUUAUUAGAGGAAUCGGCCUCAAUACGCCAGAUUGCCGAGGAGGCCAAAGAAAUUGCUACAACUUCUGCUACAGAGGUUAAAGAGGUUCAAGAGACAAUACCAUCACUGCACAAACAAUUGGAAGAUCAUAAAUUGACCCUGUCUAUGAUAGAAUUGAAGGAAAAACAAGUGAAUUUAUGGGUCAGAUCGGUACCUGAAGUGGAAAAGGACAAUCUAGCUGAAUUUCUCAUGCAGGAAUUUUCGGACUUUUGGGAUCCAGAAUUGGUAAAAGACAGCUUCAAAAUAGUAAAUGCUUUUAGACUCGGGAAAAGAGGAGAGAAGAAGGUGAGAGACUGUUUGAUCACUUUUCGAACAAAAGAAGAGAGGGAUAAGAUUUUGAGUUUGCAUUUCAAGAAGACACUGGAAAUCCAGCGGACAAGGGUUGAAAUAUUUAAAGACAUUCCGAAAUACCUUCUGGAUCUCAGAUCAAACUAUAAAGACUUGGUCACCCUGCUGAGAAGGAACAGUAUUAACUUUAGGUGGGAACUUCCUCAAGGCCUAUCUUUUAGCUACAAAGGAAAGAAGAGGAAAAUAAGAUCGGAAGACGACAAAGACAAAUUUUGGAGAGACCACGGAGAAGACCUACAAAAAGAACUAUCUCCGGAACCAAAAGACCGUUCGAAAAAGUGAUACCACCGACGGACGAGGAACAGGCACUAGGUGCAGUAGGAGGAGAAUUAAAACAAUAACAUCAUGGCCCUGCAACUUUUAACAUGGAACUGUCGGGGUUUGAAUUCCCCUCAGAAAAGGAAAUCAGUAUUUCAUAUAUUAAAAAAGGAACAAUUGGACCUAAUUUGUUUACAAGAAACACAUAUAACAAGAUUACACAGGAAAUUGUUGAUAAAUAAAAGACUUGGUCAGGAGUUUAUUUCAUCGGACAAAGUUAAAAAAAGAGGGGUUGUGAUUUAUGCAAAAGACAAUUUAUCACCGAAAUUUGUUUUUAAAGAUGACCAAGGAAGAUUUGUGGCAAUCGAAAUUCAAACACAAGGAGAAAAAUUUUUGAUUGUAGGAAUUUAUGCACCAAAUGAUGGAAAAUCUGAAUUUUUCAAGAAGUUGCACGAGACCCUGAUGGACCAUAUGGAUUAUAACAUGAUUUUGAUGGGAAAUAUGAAUGGAGUGGUAUCUACAUAUAUGGACAAGGCACAAAGACAGGUAGUCACCAAGGAUGGUAGGCUACCGAAAACUUUUUUUGACAUGACAGACAACUUGGAUUUAGUGGACAUUUGGAGAAUAAGAAAUCCCAUGGCUAAAGAGGGAACUUUCUUUUCUGAAGCCAAAAUGACAUGGACAAGAAUUGACCAAAUUUGGAUAACUAGAGGAAUGGCACCAAAGACAAGAAAGGUGGAAAUCUGCCCGAAAAUUUGCUCCGACCAUAAUGCUGUUAAGAUGGAAAUGAGACUGACACCAACUGGCUCCUUCAGAUGGAAGAUGAAUGACACCUUAUUUAGAGAUGAGGAACUCCUUAAGAAGGCCCCAAAAACUCUGAGAGAUUACUUUGAGAUAAACCUCAGUACCAACGUGGAGAAAAGAGUAAUCUGGGACGCUAGUAAAGCAGUUAUGAGAGGGUUCUUAAUACAACAGAAUGCAAUAAAGAAAAGAACGCAAAAUGAGAAGAAGGAUAAGAUAAUGGACAAAAUAAAGGAAUGUGAAAAAAGACUGAGAGUAAAUCCCAAAUCUCAAGAGAUUCUGCGAGAGUUAAAGCUAUAUCAAGUACAAUAUAUGAAAAUGAUGAAUCAGGAAAUAGAAUGGAAAAUUAAACAAAUGAGACAAAAGACUUUUGAGUCGGCCAAUAAAUGUGGUAAAUUGUUGGCAUGGCAAAUGAAAAAGAGACAAAAAUUAAAUACAAUUACGAACUUAGAAGUGGAAGGAAGAAACAUACAGAACCCUGCAGAGAUCAGAAGUUGUUUCCAGAGGUACUUUAAACGAUUAUACACUCAAGGGCCAUUGAAAGAAACAGAGUUAGACCAAUUUUUGAAAACAAAUGGAUUACAAAAAAUAUCUCAAGAAAACAAAUUAAUUUUGAAUUAUAGAAUAACUGAACAAGAAAUAGAAGGUGCCAUUCAAAAUAUGCAACUGGGUAAAUCUCCAGGACCAGACAGCUUGACCUCUAGAUACUACAGAUCUUUAAAAGAAUGGUUAAUUCAACCUUUGAAAGAGGUCUGCAACGAAAUAAUGGAGGGGAAAAGAGCACCAGAGUCGUGGAAAGAAGCAUAUAUUACACUUGUACCAAAGACAGAGACUGAAAAGACACAGCUUAAGAACUACCGCCCUAUAUCGUUAUUGAAUGUGGAUUACAAAAUUUUUGCAGAUAUUUUGGCUAAGAGAUUCAAGAAAGUGCUGAUGGAAGAGAUCCAUAAAGACCAAGCGGGCUUUCUCCCAGGAAGACAUCUGUCUGACAAUUUGAGGAAUAUAAUUGAUAUUUUGGAAAAAUUAGAAGUGAAAAUAAACACCAAAGCAGUUUUGAUAUUUGUAGAUGUGGAGAAAGCCUUUGACAAUAUUUCUUGGAAUUUUAUGAAGAAGAAUCUCCAGGGUAUGGGGGUAGGCCAAGGUUUUGAGAACGGUAUAGGUGCAAUUUAUUCAGAACAAAAAGCUAAACUAAUUGUAAAUAAUGUUGUGACGGAAGAACUAAAAAUUGAAAAAGGGACAUGACAAGAUUGCCCUAUUUCCCCACUUCUUUUUAUUUCGGUCCUGGAGGUUUUGCUGAAUAUGAUUAGAAGGGACCAGUUGGUUAAAGGUAUACAGGUCGGAACUAAACAGUACAAAUUGAGAGCGUUUGCAGAUGACUUAGUAUUGACGUUACAGGAGCCAGAAUCUAGCACUAAAAGAGUUUUAGAACUGAUUCAGGAAUUUGGUCAAGUGGCAGGAUUUAAAUUGAACAAGUCAAAAACCAAGGUUUUAGAGAAAAAUUUAACACCAAUUGAAAGAGAGAGGUUUCAGAAUGAGACAGGUUUAACAGUGGUUAAGAAAGUUAAAUACCUGGGGAUUAACAUGACAGCAAAAAAUGGGAACUUAUUUAAAGAUAACUAUGAAAAAUGUUGGUCCGAAGUGAAAAAAGAUUUAGAAAUUUGGUCAAAUUUGAAGCUUUCACUGCUAGGCCGUAUUGCUGCGAUAAAAAUGAAUGUAUUGCCUAGAAUGUUGUUUUUGUUCCAAACUUUGCAGAUUGUGGACAAAAUGGAUUGUUUCAAGAGGUGGCAGAAAGAUAUUUCUAAAUUUGUCUGGCAGGGCAAGAAGCCCAGAAUAAAAUUUAAAAUACUAACGGAUGCAAAGGAAAGAGGUGGAUUUGCCCUGCCAGACCUUAAACUUUACUAUGAAUCAGCAGCUUUUUGCUGGUUGAAAGAAUGGCUACUUCUUGAAAACACUGACAUUUUGGACUUGGAAGGUUUUAAUAAUGUAUUUGGAUGGCAUGCAUAUUUGUGGUAUGAUAAGGUCAAAGCACAUAAAGCAUUUAGAAACCACAUUGUCAGGAAAGCGCUAUUUAAUGUUUGGAUAAGAUAUAAGGAUUUGCUAGAAAACAAAACCCCAAGGUGGCUGUCACCAAUGGAAGCGAAAGCCUUGAGAAAGGCCAAUAUGGAGGUCAAAUGGCCGAAAUAUUGGGAAAUUUUGGAACAAGACGGAGAUAGACUGAAAUUGCAGAGCUUUGAAAAAUUAAAAACAAAGUGCGAGACUGGCUUCAUUAUUAUCAGAUAAUGGAGGCAUUUAAAUUGGACAAGAAAAUUGGCUUCCAGGUGGAAAGAUCUAAAUUAGAAACAGAACUGUUAGAACCCAAAACUAAGAAUUUGUCAAGAAUGUAUAACUUGCUGCUGAAAUGGAAUACCCAGGAUGAAACGGUAAAAUCGGCUAUGAUUAAAUGGGCACAGGACAUUGGACAUAACAUUAUGUUUGCUGACUGGGAACAGUUGUGGACCACAGGUAUGAAAUUUACGGCAUGUAAUGCCUUAAGAGAGAAUAUUAUGAAAAUGAUAUACAGGUGGUACAUAACCCCAGUCAAGCUUGCAAAAAUUUAUCACUUGCCCGAUAACAAAUGUUGGAAAUGUAAAGAAACUGAAGGUACAUUUUUCACCUUUGGUGGACGUGCCCAAAGAUUAAGGCUUUCUGGGAAAUGAUAUAUAAUGAACUAAAAAAAAGGUAUUUAAGUAUACCUUCCCUAAGAAACCAGAGGCCUUUCUCCUAGGCAUAGUCAGCCAAAUGGUGUUAAAAAAGGAUAGAACUUUCUUUAUGUAUGCAACAACAGCAGCAAGAAUACUCAUCGCAAAGUAUUGGAAGACACAAGAACUUCCCACGCUGGAGGAAUGGCAGAUGAAAUUUAUGGACUAUAUGGAACUGGCGGAAAUGACUGGUAGAAUCCGUGACCAGGGAGAAGAGUCGGUGGAGGAAGAUUGGAAGAAAUUCAAAGACUAUCUUCAGAAACAUUGCAAAAUUAAAGAAUGUUAGAGUGAUGUUGGACUGAAAAUAACCGGUUUCCAGCUGUACAGGUUAAAGUUAAUGAUAGACUAAGAUUAAGAUUAGGAUUAAAGAUGUUUAAAGAAAUGGAAAUUUGAUAAUUAAGAGGGAAAAUUUUAAUGUUAUAUUAUACUAAGACUAAAGAUCAGGUUUAAAGAAGUUGAAGUUAUAUAUUACAAUAUUAUAUUAAAGUUAAAGAUUGGGAUUAAAAAAAGUUGUAAAGAAAUUGCUGGACAAACAAUUUGGAUUGGAAUACAAAAGAGGGAGGUAUGAGGAAGUCCAGAAAAUAAGUAAACUAAAAAAUGGAAAUGGAAAAGAGAUAUUGUUUUUAAUUGUUAUGUUUUUUGUUUUUUGUUUUUUAUUGUUGAAUUGUGUUUUUCUUGUGUGUUUUUGUUAUCUUUUUUUUUGGAGAUAUGUAUUGUGUAUGUUUUUCUUUUCUUUCUUUGUUGUUCAAAACUUAAAUAAAAAUUAUUUAUAAAAAAAAAAGAAAAAGAAAAGAAACUUCUUCGUAAGUAUAAAAUCAAUGGUAUAGUGCUGGAAGGCUUGAUUGACACGGGCGCAGACGUUUCUGUAAUUUCCAGUAGUUGCUGGGACCCCACGUGGCCCCUUGAGUCUGCCUCUGCAGUUUGGGGUGUGGGUGGACCCCAAACCUCUUCCAAAAGCGUACAGUGGCUGCCUGUUUCUCUGCCUGAUAGCUCUGAAACCAUUGCAUACAUCCAGCCCUGUGUGCUGAAAAUCCACCUCAAUCUGUGGGGCAGAGACUUACUACAACAAUUACAAGCUACUAUUCAAUUUAAUGAGUAAGCUUGCACUUCCCCUCAGCUGGAAAUCUACCAGUCCUGUAUGGGUGGAACAAUGGCCCAUAACGGGGGAAAAGCUACUUGCUUUAAAACAAUUAGUGAAUGAACAAUUAUUGGCAGACCAUAUAGAGCCUUCAGUUAGCCCCUAUAAUACCCCCAUCUUCGUCAUAAAAAAGAAGAGUGGCAAAUGGAGAUUUCUCCAGGAUUUAAGGAAAAUAAAUCAGAUCCUUGAACCCAUGGGGCCCUUGCAGUGUGGUCUGCCUAAUCCGAAUGUGAUUCCACAAUCUUAUCAAUUGGCUAUAAUAGAUUUGCAAGAUUGUUUCUUCUCCAUUCCCCUACAGCAGAAGGAUCGUAAAUUCUUUGCUUUUACUGUUCCUGUGUUAAAUAACAGUCAGCCCACGGAAAGGUACCAAUGGAAAGUCCUACCACAAGGAAUGUUGAAUUCCCCUACCAUGUGCCAAUAUUAUGUGAAUCAAGCCCUUCAGCCUUUUCGUUUGCAGUAUCCACACCUCUCAAUUUAUCAUUAUAUGGAUGACGUGCUUAUCAGUGGGCCACGCCUUCCCCCUCAAUGGAAGCAUGAUAUGAUAGCCUGUUUGUCGCUUUAUGGUUUGAAAAUUGCCCCAGAAAAAGUUCAGGAAUCCUCUCCCUCCAUUAUUUGGGACACAAAAUGAUAGCUAGCUAUUCUAUUCCUAUAGUCCCUGAACUUCAUGUUCCAAAAACAAUGAAAUAUGUCCAGCUGCAGCAAUUGCUGGGCAAUAUCAACUGGAUAAGACCCUAUUUUAAAAUCCCUCUUGAAGUUUUACGGCCGCUUUUUUCAGCCUUAAAAGGCCAUCAAUCUCCUGGUGAGAAAAUCACCUUGAACUCCUCUCAACAGAAGACUGUUGCCCAGUUAAAGGAAAUCAUGCGUCUCCACUGGGUUGAUCGAGCGAUUCUUAAUGUUUUGCCCGAUGUAGUCAUUAUGACAGCUUCUGUCCAACCUUUUGCAGCCAUUAUUCAGUUAGGACCAUUGAAAGUUCAUAUAAUUGAAUGGCUGUAUUUACAUCAUACGCCAAAGAACACGGUGACUCCUUUAGUGGAUCUCCUUGCUCAGCUCAUCAGCAAGGGAGGCCGUCGCUGCAAAAGCCUCUUUGGCAUUGAUUGCCGCCAAAUUAUUGUGCCCAUGCCCUUAGAACAAUGGGAAACUGCUCUCUCCACUAGCAUGGAUUUGCAGUGCGCUUUAGCCGAUUUUGUUGGCCAAGUGGGUUGCCAUAUCCCAGCCGACCCUCGCCUGCAAAUGAGCAAACAAAUUUCCCUGUCUUUCUCUUCCAUAUUAUCUCCUGUCCCUUUGGGUGCCCCUACUGUCUUUACUGACGGAUCCCCCUCCAGGGGGGUGGUUGCCUGGCAACUAAAUGAGGAAUGGCACAGCCUCUACACUCUUCCACAAAAGUCUGCCCAGCGUUCUGAGUUAGCAGCUGCUGUCAAAGCUCUGCACCACUUCUCCUCACAGCCCUUUAAUUUGGUAGUGGACAGUCUUUAUGUUGCAAAUGUCAUAACUCGUCUACAAGGCAGUUAUGUAAGUCCUUUAUUGGAUGACAACUUAUUGAGCCUUUUCCUAUCCUUACAAUUGCUUCUUUCUAAUCGCUCCCACCCUCUAUUUGUGGUGCACAUUCGCUCUCACCAACCCUUCCCAGGCUUUAUCACUGAUGGCAAUGCAAAAGCAGAUUCUUUGCUUAGGGCUUUGCCUGUUUCCCCUAUUGAAAGUCAUGCUUUCCAUCAUCAAAAUGCAAAGCCCUUAGCCGCCAGUUCCAAAUCCCGUUGGAAGCGGCACGUGCAAUUAUCCAACAAUGCCCUCAAUGCUCUAAUCAGAUUGGCCACCCCAGCCCUGGUGUUAAUCCCCGUGGGCUGGCAGCCAACCAGUUGUGGCAAAUGGAUGUCACUCACUUCGCCCCUUUUUCACCUUGGAAGUUAAGCAUGUUUGCAAUCAUCUUGUUUGUACCAUGUCAGUCAUGGGCAAGCCUCAUUCCUUGAAAACUGACAAUGCCCCAGCGCACUGUGCAAAAACCUUUGCUCAGUUCUGUGAAACUUGGAAUAUUCACCAUUUAUUUGGCAUCCCCUACAAUUCUCAAGGCCAAGCGAUUGUUGAACGUGCCAAUCGCACCUUAAAAACUGCCUUGAUUCGACAGGAAAAGAAGGCCGGCGUCCCAGCCUCACUCUCUGAAAAGGAAGGCUGGUUGGCUAGUGUUCUCUUUACUCUCAAUCAUUUGAAUGUUUCCAUACAGGAUCAUCAAUCUUAUACUCGCCUCCAGAAGCAUUUUCAGCAAACAGAGAUACUCCCAGCCCCACUGGUCCGCUAUAAGAUAUUACCCUCCAACGAAUGGAGUGAACCUGUAAAACUGAUCACCUGGGGAAAGGGUUACGCUGCAGUUUCUACUCCACAGGGUGCUCGCUGGGUUCCCGCACGCUGCAUCCGCCUAUACCAUGGCGUGGCGACAGACCCUACCGGAUCCGAUACCGCAGUUCGACCGCAAACUACAGAUCGCCCAGGAUGCGGUGUCCAGCCCCACCAGGACUCGCAAGAGGGGAAAUCGUAAUGGACCUGUGACAUGGGGCCAAAUAAAAUCACUCUCGUUUCAGGCUGAACAGCUUAGAAAGGAAAAGCAGCUUGAAGCAACCCCUGAGAAUUUGCUUCUGUGUAUUAUUUCCUGCCUUAAUAUUAAUUCCAUGAUAGUGCUCAUUCUCAGCGUUUUGUUUUUGCCUCUUUCUGCCUCCGCUCCUAAUAGCGAUAACCACACACCAACAAAUGUGUGGGAAUCUUUUGCAAAGACCCUCAAUAUUUCUUCCUUUUGCCUAACCCAACAGGUAUCUAUAGGGGAAAUCCUUGGCUCCUGCCUUAUCCCUGUUUGCCAUGACCCUUUUGAUAUACAAAAUGAUACCUGGUUUUUCUCAUCCCUACCCAAAAAUGAUUCUCUCUGCACCCUUGGUUAUUCCGGUUACUAUGUCUGGGGUAACCAAGUGCGCCGACACCCACCUCUGGCCAUUGACUUAUUGACCCCAUACGUGGCUUCUUUUAAUGUCACUUGUGCCCGUAUGGUGAAUUGCACAAAAACCAACUGUGUGAAAAUGUGCAAGGAUAAUUUCCACUGCUCUAAUUAUGUAAAUAUUUCUUAUGUAUACAAGUACACAGAACUACCUGCAAGCUGGUUCUGGUCGUGUCCUGACUAUACAUUUAAUUACAUUCCAGCAAACAUCAGCCAUGGAACACCCUGUUGUUUAAGCCGUUUGUCCAUCGUAUUACCCAAAAAGCAUCAUUUGACCCGCUCUCGAUAUCGCCGCUCUAUUGAAUUAACUAACGAUUGUGACGAUUCAAUUUCUCUUCCCAGUAGGUCUGAAUAUAUCUCCUUAGCUGUUUCUCUCUUAGGAGUCCCUGGAUUGGCUGUACGCAAUAGUAGAAACAUUAAUUCUUUAGCUUGUUCUGCAACAAAAGCCCUGAAUUAUACUUAUUCAAGCCCUUCACCUUUUGAAUAAAGAACAAAGUGAACUCCAGCAUGGACUUUUGCAGAACCGCGCUGCUAUAGAUUAUUUGCUGAUGCUUCAUCAUUAUGGCUGUGAACAAGUGAAUGGCAUGUGUUGUUUCAAUAUUACUGAUAAUUCUAAAGCCAUUCAAAGCCAAAUCUCUCAUUUGCAAAAUCUUACACACCACAUUAAACAGGACGUUGGAUUUUCUGGCCUCUGGGAUUCUUUCACCCAGUGGCUUACCGCUUGGUUGCCAAACCUUACUUGGCUUCGUAAUCUCUUUCAAUAUGCCAUUAUCAUAAUAUGUAUCUUAAUUUUGCUAUGUUGCUUCCUCCAAUGCAUUCCUGGUCUCAUAAGUCUUUUGUCUCGGCUUCUCUCUCCCCCUCAGCCACCCAAUAAACUCCUUGCUGCCUACUUUGCGAAAUGGCAGCACCAACAGUAAACAUUAGGGGAGAUGUGGACAGACUUAUUUUGGGCAUGCGCUGGCAGACCACGUAUCCCGAAAUAUUUUUGUCCCGUCAACCCUGGCGAACUUAUUUUGGGCAUUCGCUGGCAUACCACGUAUCCCGAAGUAUUUUUGUCUUAUUCACCCAGAACACCUCGCAAACAAGAAAAGAAAGGGGGAGAUGAAGGGAAGUUCUCUUUCUGCACAUAACAGUGGCAUUAUGGGAAGUCCUGCUUCUUUUCUCUGGCAUUAGGGGAAGUCUCGCUUCUAAGCUUUUCUCUGCUUCUGUACAUACUGUACAACCCAUUCUAAAUACCAAGACAUUCCCUCAUUUCUCUAGGAUGCUCAGUUCAUCUUAAGUUCAUGAAAACACUCUGACCUGUUCUUAAUGCAUAGCUGACCACAUCUACGGAACUCGAUUAUUAUAUUCUUUCAUGUUAUGAUCAAUCAUUAGUAAUUGUUUUAGUCAUGCUAUAUCAAUCAUUAGUUAUAAUUUAAUUAGGAGGUUUCAUGCCUGUCUAGUUCUGUGCUCCCUUUCCCAGCCUUUAAUCUAUUGGUGAUUAAUGCCCAUAUGUAACCCUUGCUUUGUACUUGUGUAAACCAAUCAGCAACAAGUUGCUUUGUGUUUGUAUCAACCAAUCAGCAACUAGCGCACCUGUGGCAAUGUUGUAAUAUUCAAUAAAAGAGUCUUCUCGGGGCUUGCGCCAGAGAUGCCUCUCACAUGACACCUGCUACUCGUCUGUCGUGAUUUCAUUCCAACACCGGCAAACUUCAAUGGCGCCCACACUCUUCCACUCACGCGCUGCCACUCUUCUCAGUUGUCGGACGUUAACACAGUUCACAAGCAGCGUAAAAUGGCUUUUUCUGUGUCUGCGUGGUGUCUUCAAUAACUCAGCUCGACACCAGUGCUUCUAUUCUAUCGCUCUUUAUUUAGAAGCAUACAAAAACAGAAAAGAACACAAAACUACCUUGCUCACAUUCCCAGACAGACUGCUCUCAGCAACCCCCAGAGAGCACAGAUCAAAGGAAAAUGCCCGGGUCAUGUGGGCAGUGCACCCAGUUGAUAAGAACGCUCCUGGAGUGUUAACUCUUCACUGUCCAGAACCACAACACUUCCAAGAUUUGGCAGCUUUACUACCACUACUAGCAAGUGACAACCCUUCCUGGAUGCAGUGUGUGUGUGUGUGUGUGUGUGUGUGUGUGUGUCUGUCUGUCUGUCUGUCUGUCUGUCUCAGUCUCUCUAUAGUGAAAGUCCUGCUGGCCUUAGCAAUUAAGAGUGGCAAAAAGUUCAGUGGAAUGUCAGAAGUGCCAGGAGGACUGCUGUGAGAUGGGCAGCCCUCUCAGCCAAGGGCAGGAGGGGUACAUGUUUAUCUAGCAGAGCACUGAGCCCUUUGUGUUUCUUCCCACACAGCCUUCGCACGUCUGAAACCAGCUACCUGAAUGAAGCCUUUUCCUUCUACUCUGCUAUUUGCCAGAGGUCUUACUACUCCCAAGUCAACAAAGAAGACAGGUCAGGCCAUGCCUCAGUCUUGUGAGUUUUUUGUAAUUUAAAAAUGAGAAGUGCUGGAUUGUCAAACUUGUGUGACUUGGCAGCUGGUGGGCAGCCACUUUCUUUUUUUUAAUAUAAUUUUUAUUAGUUUUUUUAACAUACCAUUUUCAACAGUAAUUAAACAUACUUUUACAUCUUAUUCAAAUUCUUGACUUCCAUCAAUCCUGUCUGAAAAUUUUCCAAUCUAAUCUCUCAGUAUGCAUUUCGUAUCCUCCCUAUUACAUUUCAAACUCAUAACCAAUAUCUCUAUCUUUUUCUACUUUGUAACACUUUGUAUAUUUCUCCUUACAAAACUUCUUGUAAUCCUACUAGCGUAAUUUGUUGAUUACAGUUGCUCUUCAAAUAAUUCAUAUACUUCUUCCAAUCUUCUGUAAAUCUCUGGUCCCGCAGGUUUCGAAUCCUUCCUGUCAUUUUGUCCAGUUCUGCAUAGUCCAUUAAUUUCGUCUGCCAUUCUUCUUUCGUCGGAAUUUGUUCUUGUUUCCAUUUCUGGGCUAAUAAUACUCUUGCCGCAGUUGUUGCAUAUAAAAACAAUUUAACAACUUGCCUAUUAAUGUCUUGACCUAUAAUACCAAGUAAAAAUGCUUCUGGUUUUUUUAAGAAUGUGUAUUUCAACAUCUUUUUCAUCUCAUUAUAUAUCAUUUCCCGGAAGUUCUUUACUUUUUAACAUUCCCACCACAUAUGAUAAAAUGUUCCUUCUUUUUCUUUACAUUUCCAACAUUUAUUAUUUGUCUUAUACAUUUUAGCUAAUUUCACUGGUGUAAUAUACCAUCUAUACAUCAUUUUCAUCAUAUUCUCUUUCAAAGCAUUACAGGCUGUAAAUUUUAUCCUUUCCUUCUACAACCUUUCCCAUUCUUCAAACUGUAUAUUAUAUCCAAAGUCUUUUGCCCAAUGUAUCAUUACCGAUUUCCUCAUCUUUCAAAUGCCAUUCCAACAGUAUUUUAUACAUUUUAGACAUUGUUUUACAUUCAUUGUUUAAUAUUUCUAUUUCAAAUUUUGAUUUUUUAUCAUCAAAUCCUUUUUCCUUUAAAUCCUCUUUAUAUAUUUCAUUGACUUGGCGAUAGUGCAAACAAUCAUUUACAUAUUCUUUAACCUCUUCAUAUGGUUUCAUUUUCCAUUUAUUUCCUUUCCCCCCCAACAAUUUCUCAUAGGUAACCCAAUUUUUACUCAUAUUUAUCUUUUUCACACUCAUAGCUUCUAAUGGGGAUAACCACCAUGGUGUUUUACGUUCUAGUAAGUUUUUAUACCUGUCCCACACUUCAUAUAGGAAUCUUCGAAAUAUGUGAUUACCAAAUCCUUUAUGGAUUUUUGUUUUAUUAUACCAUAAAUAUGUGUGCCAACCAAAUCUAUUGUCAUAACCUUCCAAAUCCAACAAAUCUGUAUUUCUUAACAGCAUCCAUUCCUUUAACCAACAGAGGCAAACCGCUUCAUAAUACAACUUCAUAGUACAACUUCAAGUCUGGCAGGGCAAAGCCCCCUCUUUCUUUAACAUCUGUUAACAAUUUAUAUUGUAUUCUUGGUUUCUUCCCCUGCCAGACAUAUCUUGAAAUUGCUUUUUGCCAUUCUUUAAAAGUUGCUGCCCCCUGGAUUAUUGGAAUUGAGUGAAACAAAAAUAACAUCUUUGGUAGCACAUUCAUUUUUAUAGUUGAAAUCCUUCCCCAAAAUGAUAAUUUCAUUCUUCCCCAUAUUUCCAUGUCUCUCUUAAUUCCAUUCCACACCGGUGUAUAGUUAUUUUGAAAUAAAUCUAUAUUCAUUGUGGUUAACCAGAUUCCUAAAUACUUAACUUUUUAAACUACUUCUAUACCAAUUUCCUGCUGCAACAUAUCAACCAAGUCUUGUUUCAUAUUUUUAACUAAUAUUUUAGUCUUGCUUUUGUUUAAUUUAAAACCUGCUACUUGUCCAAAUUGUUCUAUUUCUUUAAUAACUUCUUUGGCAUUAUUUAAUGGUUCUUCUAUAGUUAGUACCAAGUCGUCUGCGAAAGCUUUCACUUUAUGUUCUUUCCGGCCAACUGAAAUUCCUUUUAUUUUCUCAUUUUCUCUUAUUGUCCUUAGAAAGACUUCCAGUACCGAUAUGAAUAAUAACGGUGAAAGCGGACACCCUUGUCUUGUACCUUUCGUAAUUUCAAUAUUUUCAGUUAUUAUAUUAUUUACUAUCAAUUUUGCUUUUUGAUCAGAGUAUAUAGCUUUUAUACCUUUUAUAAACAAUUGUCCAAUGCCCAUUAAUUCAAUAUUCUUUAUCAUAAAUUCCCAAGAUAUAUUAUCAAAGGCCUUUUCCGCAUCUACAAACAUUAACUUCGCUUGUUUAUCAUUCCUGGCCGUCAGAUAUUCAAUUAUGUUCACAAUAUUCCUUAUGUUAUCUUUCAUCUGGCGACCAGGAAGAAAACCUGCUUGAUCUUCAUGUAUUAUCUCAUUCAUUACUAUUUUCAAUCUGUUUGCUAAAAUACUAGCAAAUAGCUUAUAGUCAUUAUUCAACAGCAAAAUUGGCCUAUAAUUUUUCACUUGUAGUAAGUCAGAAUCUGGUUUUGGUAUUAAUGUAAUAUAUGCUUCUUUCCAUGUUUCUGGUAUUUCUCCAUUGUUUCAUAUAUUAUUCAUCACUUCUUUCAACGGUACAAGUAGGGUGUGCUUUAAUUCCUUGUAGUAUUUUGCUGUAAAUCCAUCUGGCCCUGGUGCCUUUCCACUUUUCAAUUGUUUUAUUGCUUCUUUAAUUUCUUCUUCCUCUAUUCUUCCAUUUAGCUGUUCCUUCUUCUCUGUCGGAAUUUGUUGCACUCCUUUCUGUUUCAGGAAUUCCUCUAUCUUUUUUACGUCUUCCUUUCCAGUGUUUUAAUACAUUUGUUUAUAAAAGUUAACAAAUCCUUUUCUAAUUUCUUUCAGAUUUUCUACUUCUUUUCCAUCCAAUAUUAUUUUAUUUAUUGUACUUAGAGCUUUCCAUUUUUUAAUUUGCCACGCCAACCAUUUAGCUGAUUUGUUGGCAUGUUCAAAGUUCUUCUGUCUCAUUCUUUUAAUAUUCCAUUCCACUUCUUGAUUGAUUAUCAUUGCAAAUUGGCUUUGUAGCAUCUUAAUAUUUUGAUUAAUUCUUAAAUCUCUCGGAUUUUUAAUUAGUUUUUUCUCAUUUUCCAUAAUCUGAUUUAAGAUCUCCUUUUUACCUUUCUCUCUAAAUUUAUUCCUGAUGCUAUUUUGUUGUAUAAAGAAGCCUCGCAUAACUGCUUUACUAGCGUCCCAAACAACACUUAUUUUAGUUCCUUUAUUACAAUUAUUAACAAAAUAUUCUGUUAGCAUCUUUUGAGCCUUCUCAUUAGUUUUUUCAUCUUCUAACAAAUUUUCAUUCAGUCUCCAUCGAAAGGUCUUUACAUCCAAUUCUUUUAUUUCGCAUCUAAUUGCAUUAUGAUCCAAAAAUAUCUUUGGUUGUAUUUCUAUUUUUGUUACUCUGGGAGUUAAUUCACUGGAAAGCCAUACGUAGUCAAUUGUAGAAGUUGAUUGAUUUGGUUUUGAGAAAUAUGUAAAUUGUUUGUCUAAUGGGUGUCUCAGUCUCCAAACAUCUAUUAAAUUACAAUUCUCUAUCAUAGAGAAAAAGGUCUUUGGUAACUUCCCUUCUUUCCUAUUCUCUUUUUUCCUUGUUAUAUCUAUUUCCAAUGAGACUACUCCAUUCAUGUCUCCCAUAAUUAUAAUUUUUUGAUCCAUAAAUUCAAACAGUUUUUCUUCCAAAUCUUUGUAAAAUUCCAUCUUACUACCAUUAGGUGCAUAGGUUCCGACAAUUAUCAAUUUUUCACCUUGCCAGGUGACUUGUACUGCUAUUACUCUGCCUUCUUAGUCCUUAAAGAUUUGUUGAGCCUCUAUUUUAUUUUUUAUAUACAUCACCACUCCUCUCUUCUUACUUUUAUCAGAUGAGAUAAACUCAUUUCCUAAUUUUUUGUUGAUCAGUACUCUUCUAUGUUUUCUAGCUACAUGCGUCUCUUGUAAGCAGAUAAUAUCCAAAUUCUUUUUUAACAAAAAAUGUCCAAUUCUGCUCCUUUUAUUUCUAUUGUUAAUGCCAUUUACAUUCCAUGUCCAUAAUUUCAAUGCCAUUUUGGCCUCCUUUGUAGUAAAGUUCUUAAGGUUCUUAAACCUGUCCCUCCUCCUCUUCUUCUUCUUCCUCUUCUUCUGAUUUAUUAAUGUCUUCCUCCUCUGGUUCUGCUGCUGCUGCCUCUUCUCCUUUCCCCAACUCUUUAUAUCUUCUCAGAAAUUUGUGUGUCACAUUCUUAAAUUUAUUUUUUUUCUCCUUAUAGUAGAAUGAGACUCCUUCUGGAAAUUCCUAUUUAAAUUCAAUAUUAUUUUUCCUCAAAAUCUGUGUUAAUGUCCUAUAUUGGUCGUGUUUUUUCAACGACCGAAGUGGGACAUAUUUAAAUAUGAUUGUAUCCACUCCAUCAAUACAUAAUCUUUUUUCUCUAUUCUUCUGCAAAAUCAAAUUUCUCAUUUCUCUGUCUUUAAAUAUGAUCAAACAGUCUCCUGGGAAUUUUUUUGCCUUUGUUGUUCUUGUCUUAAUCCUAAAUGCAUUUUGAAUUGUUUUUGCCACAUCUUGUGCUUCCAUAUUUAACCAUUGUGCAAUUUCUGUUGUAAAUUUUUCUAAAAUUUGUUCUCCUUGUGUUUCUGGUACAGAUCUCAAUCUCAAAUUUGUUUCUCUCUGCCUCAGUUCAUUCAUAGCAAUUGCAUCCCAUAGCCCUUCUUGUGUUUUGUUGAUUUCUGAAACUUCUGUCUUAACUUUUUCCCUUUCUUUUUUAAUAUCUCUUACUUCUUGCUUUGUCCGCUUCAUUCCUUCCCCCAAACUUUGUGUUCUUUUUGUUAUUUCCUUCAACUGGCCUUUCAAUUGUUCAACUGUCAAAUCAUAUUUUUGAUCCAUUUACUGCAGUCUUGUCUCAAUAUUUUUUUCACUCUGUUUGAUGUCCUUUUUUAUUUCUGCAAACAUUUUCAAAAUUUCACUUUUAUUCUCACUUUCUUGUUUUGACGCUCUCCUCUCUAGUGGUGUCCCUCCAUCUCCUACCUUCUUUUUUUCUGCCAUUACUUAAUUGUAAUUUUAUAACUAAUUGUAUAUUUGUAAUUGAAGUUACUUAAUUGUAAUUUCCCCUUUCACCACUAGAUAUCACCACAGCAGUUUUCUUGCCUCUUAAAUGGCUAAUCCACAAUUUCAAUGAGUGAGCCCCAAAAACCACCCAGUUGAAGGUUAAAAUGUAAAUAAAAACCUGUCCACCAACAAAGGAAAAAAUAGAACCAAAUAUAAAACGAACCACUUCUUCAGCUGCUUUUCAGCCUAAUUCCACACGCAGACCAAUUAUCCAUCAGUCAAAAGAGGAGGAAAAUAAAGAAGAUGCCAAUCCAAUAAUCCAAAAAUAAUCCAGAAAGCAGAAGGGAAGACAGUGUAUUUAUCAAAAGGAGGAUGGGAGAUUCUCUCUAGACGCCAGUCCUCCAGCUCUAACAAUCCACUCCAAGAAGGAAAGGAGGGGUUGAUUUAUUGUUUUACUCUCCGCUCCACACUUCCCUAAAUUAGCUGCAAUAAAAAGUAAUAAAAUAAUAAAUAAAUAAAUAUCCAAGUUACUUUCAAUUUGGUCUCAGUAGUAUCUCCAAGCUUCUGUGGUUUGGACCAUUUAAAGUUAAAAAGAAAGGCUGCAUUUCAAAGUUUUAAUUUCUGCUACGCAGUUACUAAAACUGAAAGUAAGUUUUCAGGAGGUUCUCUUCCUGCAAAAGCAGAGAUUCCAGACAGAUCGCUAAUAUCCACAAACAGAGGCUUUCACCUCUUUUAAGUUUAUUAUAUAUAAUCCUCUUCUCCAGCAAAUGUGUUUACUUUAAAGCAAUAAAUUCCACAGUAGGGAACAUCAAGCCUUUUCUGUUCCAUAAGAGCGUCCUGCUUCCCAAUGCAAUUCCCAGGCAGGGCUGACCUCCUUUUUUCCACCACGCUGCAUCCGAAUUGUUUUUAAAUUUAAAAGCCUUUUGUCUCUCACCAAUUCAAAUGUGGAUUUCUUUUCCUUUGGAGUCGAUCACUGUGCUGGGCAAGCUUGAGGCUGCACUUCUCGGGAGUAGAAUAUGGCGACCCCAAGCCGGCGUCUCGAUCUCACCAACUCUCUCACUCCUAAAAGGAAUGUUUUGUCUGGUGGAGAGACCGCUCUUCGGCUCGCUGGGAACCUGCCCUCAGAAUUUGCCUUCUGGGGUUUUGGGUGGCUUGCAGCGCCUAUGCAAUUUCCCCCCUACCCCCGAGAAGCUGGAUUCUCCCCUGAGGAUUGAAUCCCGCUUGCUUUCAGCUCUGUGAAUCAACCGGAAGUCCGGUGGGCAGCCACUUUCAGUUCAGUUGGCAUCCCUUGGCUACCUGUGUGUCUCCUCCCUUGAGGUGCAGGUGUCGGCAGGAGCAGGGAUGGGGGAACCUGUGGCCCUCCAGAUGUCAUUAGACCAUAAUGCCCAUCAAGACCCAGCUGGGGGCUGGGGUGAAGGAGUUGCAGUUCAGCAGAAUCUGAAGGGCUACAAGUUCCCUAUCCCUGAUUAGUCAUAGGCAGCUGUUGAAUGAGGGCCCGGGAGUAGGAGCCAAGUGACUCAAUCAAGGAAGAAGCCAAGAGUUUAUGUGAGCCAGAUCCAGGAGAAACCUAUUAUUAUCCAAAACUGUACUACAUGGGUACCUGUGGCUCUCCAUUUGCUCUUAGACUCCAGAUUAUUAUUUUUAUUUCAAAGUUUGUAUCCUGCUUUUCACCAUCUAGAUCUCAAAGCGGCUUACAACAAUAAGCUAUACCAUAUACAUAAUUUAAGAACUAAAUUAAACCACCAAAAGAAACCUAAAGAAUCUAAAAAGAAAAAAGAAAGUAAUGCAAAACAUCCGAGAAGCAUUCAGGGUGCAGUGGCCUCCUGAAACAUAAUGGUCUUGACCAGGUGUCUGAAACUCAGUAGGGACAGUGCCUGUCUAACUUCUUGUGGGGAGUUCCAUAGAGUUGGGCCCACAACAUUGAGGGUGCAGAUCCUUUUUGGCAUUGAGUUGUUGUUCUGGUUUCUCUCGCUCUCUUUUUUUUAAAUGAUAUUUAUUGAAAAAAAAUUAUAAAGUUACAAAAGAAAACAAAGUAGAAAAAGAAAAAAGAAAGAGCAAAGAAAAAACAAACCACAUCAAACAAUACAAAUUCAAAAAAACAAAAAUACACCACAAACAUUUAAAAACAAAUCCAUUAUUCUCAAAUCCUCAACUGUCAUUACCUUCUUUCUUUGACCUCCUCCUCCUUCCUUUUUUUGUAUCCUAGUUGUUAAUUGUCGCAGCAAAUCCUUUCCAUAUUUCAUAAUAUUCUGUCAUUACAUUACCUUAAACUAUUUUAAUCUUAUCUUACUAUAAAAAACCUUGAAACUUAAAACUUAAAUCUUAUUUUUACCAACUUCUCAUAACCAUAAUAUUCUUACAUAAUUCUUUAAACAUUUUUACUAAAGCCAAGUAAUUUCAUUCCAACAUUUUUCUAACAUUCAUCAAUUUUAUAAAACAAUCCUAGUAGUAGAAAAAGAAAUAAAAACAAUCCAAUCUUCAUCCAGCGUCCCUUCCUCCUGGUCCCGGGUUUUGUCAGUCCUUAUUAUCCCAUCGAUCUAGCGCAUUAACCUGGUAACCUUAUGUCCGAGGCCCUUAAGUCUCUUCCAUGUCCCUUCCGCAGCUCUUCUUCAUAUUUGUAACUGUAUUUUCCCUUGUCUCCUGCUCGUUUCACUCGUGGGAACUCCAGCUUAACAAUAUUUUUGACCCUUCUCGACAGAUCAGCCCCUUUUCCAUAAUCCACACUAAACUCCAUGUGGUAUUUAAGAACAUGCUUCAAAAUCCCUCCAAAAUUAGGAGCCCCCACAAUCCCAAACAUCUCACGGCCCAUUGCCAGACUUGAAAAGUCCAAACAUCCCUGCAUAGGGGGGUCUAUCCAGCCCCCCAUUUCCAAACCAAACCAAACUUUUUCUUUCCAAAUCUGGCUUUUUCCAAGUUCAUUUGUCAAAUCCAAAAGCUCAUGUUCCUGCAGGGCCACAGCUCCCUCCAUCUCUGGCGCCCAAGAUCCAGCAACAUCCUUUUCCCUCAUCUGUUCUGUCAGGGCACACUCCUGAUUUAAUUCCUGGGUGGGCUCCAUAUAUUUUCCCACUGCCUGUUCAAAAUUUCUGAUCGAAUCAGCCAUCAAAUCCGUCUUCUCAUGUAGCUGUUCCAGUAGGGCAUUUGUUUUAUAGAAAGCACACAACAGAGCUUCUGAAUACAUUGUCCUGCAAGAUCAGAAGUCUAUUCUCACGAUUGUAAUCUGUAACAGCUGCAAGCUCCCCGGAGUUGGUUACAGUUUCACAGUCUCCCUCUAGGGGAAAAACUUCUAUUUGUUCUUUCUUUUAAAGACAAGUCUAGCAACAAAGUUUCCUUUUUCAGAUAUUUUGUCAAUAUUUGUUCCUUUAAAAAGCGAAGGGGAACAAUGGAGUCAAUGUUUCUCUUCUUAUAGCUAUCUGUCAAAAACGUUGUCUCUGGUCAAUGAGCUUCAAAAAACGUCAGUCCUAACACCCCGCUCCAGGAUCAGGACGGUGGAAAGUUACUUUACUUUACCCUCACUUCUGCAGGUUUAAACAGUCCGAAAAAAUCCCCCCUCUUCUCCUGCUUCCGAAGGGGGUUCAACAAUUUUAAAUGAUGAAAGUUAAUCUUUUACAGGCGAUUUUCUGAGCUCUAGUUUGCCAUGCCUUUGCUUUAAUCUAUCUACAAAGAAACGGAAGGCUGACUUCCUGUUUAGACCUUCCCGUUUCAGCGCCAAAUUGAGGUAAACUUUUAAGUCCAAUUUUCCUUUCUGCUCACAAGUCCUUAUUUAGAGUCCAAUUGUCCGAGUUUAGGUACUCACGGGUGAUUAUUUUAGAAGCCAGAUUAUCCCAGGAAAAAGGCAGCGCUCUCCGGCAACGGCUGUGCGGCUUCGCUCCAUGGAAGAAGCAGUUGACUCUCAGCACCGCACCACUUCCCCCUCUUCGCUCCGGAGCCCGUUAAUGGGUUCUUUUGCGGGUUGGGGGGGCGCUAAGGGUGCCCGCCGAGUCCCAUGGUCACAGGCUUCAUCCGCCUGUGAUUUUUAAAAGGGUCCCCACUUCACCGUAGCGGAAAAGACCCGUUUCGCGUGGAGCUAGUCCCUCCAGAUCAGAGGGAGUCCGCCAUUGCCGAUGGCGCCACCCCGGAAGUCCUGGUUUCUCAUCUCUGUUCAUUCAGAAGUCUUUUAUAAGCCCUUCCUGUUGAGGAGAGCCAGUUACCACCCUGGCUUGGUGGAGCCACUUGGAUAUUUAGGAGCCCAUCACUGCCCAGGGUACUGCUUCCAUCAGUAACACAUCCCCCUUUCCAGCGGAUGUAACAUUCCAGCCUGUGAAUUAACAGGGUUUCCAGGGUGUUCUUCAGUAAUAUGGUUUAUCUCUGCUGAACGUUCCAAAGUAAUGGCCCCUCUAACACUUUGGCCAGCAAGUAGAUAAAGAGAAAGAAAAGACACAAAUACAUGGACUAAUGAGUAAGGCAACUCUGUACUUGGGUAGAGAACUUAGGGUAAAAGCAAGAACCCUAAGCCAAGUGCCACAGCAGAUAUCUUUUGGAUGAUAUGAGUGUCGAGCCAGCUUUACAAGCCCAUUUUUCCAGAGUCAUUUGGGAAAUAAGAUCCUAUUAACUAAUUACAGUAUAGAUAGGGUGAGCCUACAGAAUCAGCAACUUGCUGCAAUCAGCCCUUUGGAACUGUCUUUCCUAUUAUGGCUGCUUACUUUUAAGGAAAGGGCUGGUGCUGUGAUGUUUUUUAUUUUAAUGGUGUGUGUGUGUAUUCCAAAAUAAUACAGCUUUUAACAUACAUAUAUAUAUAUAUAUAUAUAUAUAUAUAUAUAUAUAUAUAUAUAUUCUACUAAUGCUUGUUUUUUAAUAUGUUUAUAGUUGUUUCUAUUUUAGUUGUCAGACGCCUUGAGUCCCAUUAGGGAAAAAGGCGGGGUAUAAAUAAAUACAGCAGCAGCAGCAACAACAACAACAACAACAACAUAAUACCCCUGGUGGGCUUUACUGCAGGGGAAGCAGAAUACAAAACUGUAGGUUCCCACAGGAGCCCCAGUGGCUACUGCAGAGAGGAUGAAGGGCUUGGGAUCUUUGACCUGGAACCCCCUUCCCAGCCAAACAUGCCUUAAAUGCUUUGGAGCUGCUUUGGAGAACAGUGUUUUGGAAAUACCUUUCUGAUAUCUUCAUCAGAGGUGUGAAACCAGUCCUGGGGUGCUCUUUGCUAGGGAUCAUCUACAUAAGACUCCUGGGUGCCAGGAUGCCUGCCACUGCCUUCUAUGCCACCCACAAAAGGUCUUAGGGAAUAUCUGUUCAAAAAUCCACAAUGCAUGAUGAUAAACUGCGAGAAAUGUCACAACAACAAUGGGUACAAACUUGGGACUUCAAACAUCUUGCAAGGUGCUGCCAAAAAGAGCCCCCCCCCCAUUUUAACAGGGGGUUCCCAUGCAAGCCCUUUCCUGGUUCAGGAAGGGGUUUUCAUGCAAUCCUGCUAAGCUUGAGCAGGAUUUAACUUCUCAUCAGCUGAAGAGUGGGAGUUAGUUAGUUAGUUAGUUAGUUAGUUAGUUUGUUUGUUUUGUACACUGCCCUUCACCUGAGGGUUGCUGAGUGCUUUAUAGUAUAAAAACACUGGUGGGAAAAGGCAUGCCACAGGCAUUGCAGGAUUUAACCCUACCUCCCAUCAUAUGUUGUCACUAGUGAUGCCAGCUGAUGGGGUGGCUGGGUAGGCAUGGUUUGGGGAAUACAUCCUUGGGGGCCAAGAUUGCCCCACAGACUGAAGCUUACCCAAUCCUUUUCUUAAGGGAUACAAGCUUUCUUCUUGCAUGCUCUAAAUCCAGCCAUUUUGUUCCUUUCUGUCAGAAGUUGGAUUUAGUAACGGAGGAACCUGCCUUUUUCCAAGCCAAACUAUUUGUCGAUCUCACUGGCCAUGGCUUUCCAGGGUCUCAGGCAGGGAAAAGUAUUUCCCCAUCUGCAGCCACCUGAGUCAUUUGGCUGGAAGUGCCAGACAUUGAAUGUGGGACCUUCUGCAUGCAAAUCCUGUUCUCCAGAGCUAUGAUCCCUCCCAUUGGCCUGAUAGCUGUGCUGGCAGGUAGUAGAGAGGCACGUAGACCUCCAGAGUAAAUUAUCUCUGGUCCUCCUAGCACUCGUCCUCUCAAGCUCCAAUAAUUCUGUCAUGGCUAAAAAUUGGCCGCUGUUUCUUUAAUGCUAAAAGAACUAAGUCAGCGGCCUACAAUGACUCAUGCAACCUUUCACCAAAUUGUACCUGUAUAUAUAGAGUGGUUAAUGUUAGUGUUGGUGUGGGUUGGUUGGAUGGUAGAAAGCUGGUUGCGUUUGCUGUGUGUAAAAGCUGUUGGUCGUGGUUGGAGAAGAAUACUUUUGAGAUUUUUGAGAAUAAAAGUAACAUUCUGCAAAGUACUCUUUCUUAAGGACUCUUUGUGCCAACUAAGGUCUGAGGACUAGGCAAAGGAGUAAAAAGGAGGUCAGAAGCUUUUCUUUUUCAAACACUGACAAAUUCUACAUGCACUGAAAGUGAAAUAUUUUCUGCCUAUACUACAGCUGCGCUUAAAAUCUAACAUGGGCAUCACUUGAUAUUCCUUCACAGGAGCCAUGUUCCUCUUCAUUUCUCUUCUAUCUGCUAAAUAAUUUUCCCUUCUCCAAUUUUCUUUCCUCUUUUUUUCUUCCCUCCCAGGCCUGAAUUGGUAGUUAAGAAGCUGCAUUAUUAUGCAAGAUUCAUUGUGGUUUGCCUUUUACCGAACAAAAUGGAUGUCAUCAAGGAUCUUGUAAAGGUAAAACCAUUGUGUACCAUUGUGAUGUGUGUAGUUAAGACUUUGCACAUGCUCCAAGGAGCUCGGAGCCUUGUAUUAGCUUUGCAACGACCAUGUGAGUGCAUGUUAAGUUGAGGAUGGCCAGAAAGCAUUUGUGCCUGGCUUUCCCCCCACUGAAGCUCAGCGUUCUAAUCACUAUGCCACCUUGACUGUCCAAUAGCAAUUCCCAAAUUCUGUGCAGUGAGAAAUUAAUGGAAGGGUCCUGGAAUCUCAGGGUAUCCAUCCAUGGAGGAGGCUGUUGUGUUGCUGUAUGAAUCAUUGCCCUAUUCUUGCCUCCUUCCAGUCAGCCCCUGCCUUGGUGCAGAUUGUACUUUGGGUAUAAAGUGCAGUUGGAUUGCUCCCAUCUGGAAACCAAUGUCCCCACUGUGGAAAGACAUGUGGAUCCAGAAUUGGCCUCCACAGUCACUUAUGGACUCACUGUUAAAACCGUGUUUAUGGAAGACAAUCUUACUCGGCUACAAGUGAUUGCCAAAGAAGAAAGAAGAAGAAGCCUCAGAACUGCCCACUCUUAGGAUUAAAUGGCUUUUCUGGGCUUUCUUCUUUUUCCAAUCAGGUUUUUGGCUGCUCUCUCCCUCUCAGUUUUUCCUCUUUCACAGGGUUGUUACGAAAGUUGCGCGAGUACAAAAGUGCAUGCAGAAACAUCGGAGAGUGGGGUAAUGAUUCUGGUAUACUAUAAAGGCGUAAACCUCUCCAAGUGUAAGAGUGAAACAGCAGUGCUUCCAUUAUUAAUUUGAAGUGGUGAAGUUUGUCUUGCCUGUAUAAAAAGAAUAUCGGGCACAGUAUUCUAUGACGGGGUCUGGUCUGCAAGCUUCAUUCAGGUGACCCACAGCUUGUCUGCAGGAGAAGCAGUUGUGAAUGGAGGGUGCAACUUACUGCUCUGUUGUUCUCAGAACUCAGCAGUUCACCUGGAAGCCAGGUGGUAUGGACCUGAAGUGAUGGAGGGAGGAGGCACUUGAAAGGAGUGGAAAGCAGUGGAUUUAAUAGAAGGCUGCAUUUAAGGAGUUCAUUCUUGAGUAAAUUAAAAAUCAUCUAGCAUAGUGCAUUAUUAUUAUGGUUAUUGUUACAUUUUUACCCACAGUUCCUCCAAGGAGUUCAAGGUGGUGUACAUAUUUCUUCCUCUCUCAAUUUUAUCCUCACAACAGCCUUGUAGGUUAGACUAAGAGACUAUGACUGGUCCAAGGUCACCCAGUGAGCUUUGUGGUCAAGUGGGGCCUAGAACUCUGGUCUCCCAGGUCUUAGUCUAGCACUCUAACUACUACACCACACUGGCUCUGCAUUACAAUAGCUACACAGUAAUUAAGUGAUCUGCCAACACUGUUGGGAUCUCCGCUCGGCCAAGCUGAUAAAGCUGCCUUCAAAGCUUUGGUGCCAUCUAGUGGUUGCACUGCAUUCUGGGAUGACAUCUGUGAGGACUCCCCCUUGGUGAUGCAUCUAGCACUACGCCGAUCCGCUUCAUUCAACACCACAGCAGUAACAUGCGCUACCGUUAGCUGAGCAGUAGGCAAAACAGCAAGCUGGCUGGCAAUUGCUUCCCAACUUAAACCCAAAGAAUGUAGAAUCAUGAAGGAAUACACAGCCUCUGGAAAGGUGAUUCCACACUGUUGCAACUCAUGCCUGAGAUUCUGCAUUUCCAUGAGGUGAGCACGUACGUCUGCUCCAUCUGCAAGUGCCAUAUCAUGCAACUUGGCAUAAAAGAACAAAGAAGCUCCCGCCUCUGUUCUUAAAUGUGACUGUUGGAGACUGUCCCACAUCUCUUUGGCUGAGGCCUUGUUAUGCAAAAGACAUAACUCUUCAGGGGACACAAUAAGAGUCAGAGUUCCCCUUGCUUUGGAAUCCUUAGCCUCCCAUUCUGCAGUUACUGGAGCUGGGGGGGGGGGGGGCAUCUGUUAUCACAUUAAACAGACCCUCUUUUCUUAGCAGAGCUUCUGCAUACUGCACCCAGUCCUGAUAAUUCCCUUUGGAGAGCUUAGGAAUUCCCAACGCAAAAUGAAGAGCCUCCUGUACUUUUGGAUUAGCCAUUUUGUGUCUUUUUACAAGCAGCUGCAUUCCAAAAGCACACUCAUGAGACUUUUGCUUUCCUGCCGCAGCCGGUCAGUGCUCUGGCUAAAAGUUCAAAGUCCACCCUUAUUGCCAUUAAUUAGGGACUGGCAGGCUUCCCGGGGCAAUGAGCACAUUGUUGUUGUUGUUGUUUAGUCGUUUAGUCGUGUCCGACUCUUCGUGACCCCAUGGACCAGAGCACGCCAGGUACUCCUGUCUUCCACUGUCUCCCACAGUUUGGUCAGACUCAUGUUUGUAGCUUCGAGAGCACUGUACAACCAUCUCAUCCUCUGUCGUCCCCUUUGCCUUGUGCCUUUUAUCUUUCCCAACAUCAGGGUCUUUUCCAGGGAGUCUUCUCUUCUCAUGAGGUGGCCAAAGUAUUGGAGCCUCAGCUUCACGAUCUGUCCUUCCAGUGAGUACUCAGGGCUGAUUUCCUUAAGAAUGGAUGCAUUUGAUCUUCUUGCAGUCCAUGGGACUCUCAAGAGUCUCCUCCAGCACCAGAAUUCAAAAGCAUCAAUUCUUCGGCGAUCAGCCUUCUUUAUGGUCCAGCUCUCACUUCCAUACAUCACUAUUGGGAAAACCAUGGCUUUAACUAUACGGCUCUUUGUUGGCAAGGUGAUGUCUCUGCUUUUUAAGAUGCUGUCUAGGUUUGCCAUCGCCUUUCUCCCAAGGAGCAGGCGUCUUUUAAUUUCGUGACUGCUGUCACCAUCUGCAGUGAUCAUGGAGCCCAAGAAAGUAAAAUCUCUCACUGCCUCCAUUUCUUCCCCUUCUAUUUGCCAGGAGGUGAUGGGCCCAGUGGCCAUGAUCUUUGGUUUUUGAUGUUGAGCUUCAGACCAUAUUUUGCGCUCUCCUCUUUCACCCUCAUUAAAAGGUUCUUUAAUUCCUCCUCACUUUCUGCCAUCAAGGUUGUGUCAUCUGCAUAUCUGAGGUUGUUGAUAUUUCUUCCGGCGAUCUUAAUUCCGGCUUGGGAUUCAUCCAGCCCAGCCUUUCGCAUGAUGAAUUCUGCAUAUAAGUUAAAUAAGCAGGGAGACAAUAUACAGCCUUGCCGUACUCCUUUCCCAAUUUUGAACCAAUCAGUUGUUCCAUAUCCAGUUCUAACUGUGGCUUCUUGUCCCACAUAGUGAUUUCUCAGGAGACAGAUGAGGUGAUCAGGCACUCCCAUUUCUUUAAGAACUUGCCAUAGUUUGCUGUGAUCGACACAGUCAAAGGCUUUUGCAUAGUCAAUGAAGCAGAAGUAGAUGUCUUUCUGGAACUCUCUAGCUUUCUCCAUAAUCCAGCGCAUGUUUGCAAUUUGGUCUCUGGUUCCUCUGCCCCUUCGAAAUCCAGCUUGCACCUCUGGGAGUUCUCGGUCCGCAUACUGCUUAAGCCUGCCUUGUAGUAUUUUAAGCAUAACCUUGCUAGCGUGUGAAAUGAGUGCAAUUGUGCGGUAGUUGGAGCAUUCUUUGGCAUUGCCCUUCUUUGGGAUUGGGAUGUAGACUGAUCUUCUCCAAUCCUCUGGCCACUGCUGAGUUUUCCAAAUUUGCUGGCAUAUUGAGUGUAGCACCUUAACAGCACCAUCUUUUAAUAUUUUAAAUAGUUCAGCUGGAAUAUCAUCACUUCCACUGGCCUUGUGGCCUUGAGCACAUAUCUCUCAUCAAUCGUCUUGACACGCAGAGAAGAUAAGAGCUGCAUUCCAUUAUUCAGGGCUCGGAACCAAAAAUGUCGGGAUCUUCGCUCGGCCAAGCUGAUAAAGCUCAUUUUGCUCUGGCCGAGUCCUUCGUAAUCACCUCCCGACGGGAUUAACAACCUGAGCCUUUGAUGAAGCCCCAGGCACAUUCCUAUCCAGCAGAGAAUCAAAGCAGCAUGCGGAAGUGAUGAGAGGUUUGGGCUACAUGGCUAAAGAGUUUGUUUCUUACUACGCAGACUGAAAACACAUCCUCUCUCUGUGAAAGCAGAGAGCAACUGAACAACAAAGGAACAGGAAACCACUAACGUCACAUCCAUCUCCCGUGAGACUUCCAACAGUAUGGAAUGUGUGGAAUGUAAACAGAGUCUUGUGACUCCAAAGCACUGCUCAGUGGCAAACAGAAACUAACAAACACCCAUAGCACUUUCCAAGUAGUUGCGGGUGGGAGCAGUGGAAGUUUGGGAACCACUGCUCUGUAAGAACAGUUGCACAUUUGAGAAUAUGAUAGCUCACCGCUGAGAUGCAUGAUAUGGUGAACGAAGACGGAUCAGAGAAGAUCAGACCAAAGAAUACACAGAGCCUUUGGAAAAAAUACUGAUCGAGAUCUGCCUGAAUAUGAGAGUAGAAUGGUAAAGUGAGAGGUAGCAGAUAAUGAAAUGGAGAGGACCUUCACACAGGUGGCUGGAGGAGUGGAACAGACAAAUGAUUAAGUUGUGAUCCUGGAGGAGGGGAAUGAAACCAUUAACAGACAUUAAGAAACAUCUUGAGAUGGCAGAGAUAGAGCUGAGAGAGAAAUGAUCCUGUGUACAAGGUGGAGUGAAUUCAGAGGAAAAAACUACCAAGCCUGUGCCAAUUCUCUUGGGGGGGGGGCAGGAUGGAAGAAGAGGAAAUGGAAGGAACUUUUUUCCAAAUUAGGACAGAAAAUCAUGGCCAACAGGAAAUGGGAUUGGAAGAGAUGGAACUGGGUACAAAUUAAUGAAUAUACAACAAGUGGAUAACUAUGGAUUAUUAUCCUUAUAAUGGAUGUUGGUUUUUUAUUUUUGUUUUUGAGAUAAGGUCCACAUACCGGAUUGGAAGAAGACUAUUCUAGGCAUGUAUUGAUAAUAACAACUGGGGAGCCCCUUUUGGACUUUUUUGUGGAAAUGAGAAUGAAUUUAGGGUGUCUGGGGUUGAAGAUUGGGAAAACAUCAUCUAGCUGAAUGAGAAACAGCUGGAUAUAAUCAUGAAAUACAGCUAGAUACUAGCAUUGAGAGCCAGUGUGGUGUAGUGGUUAGGAGUGGUAGACUCGUAAUCUGGUGAACCAGGUUCGUGUCUCCGCUCCUCCACAUGUAGCGGCUGGGUGACCUUGGGCUAGUCACACUUCUUUGAAGUCUCUCAGCCCCACUCACUGUUGGCAUGCAACCAAGGAAAUGGGGGCAAUUGGCAGGCCCCCCCAGCUGGCACCAGCCCACCGGCCAGUGUGCCGGGUGAUCUCCAGUCCUUGUUGCAGCAUCUGCGACCCGAGCUUCAAAAGCUGGGGCAUGCAACUCAGCAGAGUAAACUCGCAAAAAGAAGUGGCAGGAGAGGCUGUGUGAGCAUAUUUACAAGCAAUUUAUUCAGCAUACAUCAGGACAAAAGGAAACAUGUCUGAUCUCCUUCGUGUCCAAAGCAAGGCAGCUAAAAGCAAAAGCUAUACACAAACAGAAGUUCCCAGCAAGCUGUGCUGGAGUGUAAACAGACAUGUGACAUACAACAAUUCCACACGUCUGUUCUUAAGAUGGAAUGGAAUAUUCUAACAUCUUUCAUUGUAACCUGUGUCACCUGUGUCACAGUAUUUCAACCCAACUGCAACCUCUGUACAUUAACCUGAAGUUGUUCUCUGUUAACAACCUUAGACAACAGAUCUGCAGGAAUUUCGUUUCCUGGCAUGUAGGACACCUGAAUGAGUCCUUUCUGGAUACACUCCCUUGCACAAUGUAACUUUAUCUGCAAGUAUUUGGUCCUUUGCUUGCAACUCUCUGAGGCCAGCAAAGCCAAACAGGACCCGUUGUCUUGAUACACCUGUAUAGGACAUGUCACUUUGACCCUGACAUCCUGAAACAGUUGCAUCAACCAUUCACAACCCGUGAGUGAAAAUGACAGGGCAUUGAGUUCUGAUUCAUGGGGACUUAGGCUUACUGUCGUCUGCUUCUUGCACAGCCAGUCAAACAGACAGUGGUUGUACAUGUAGCAUACUCCAGAAGUGCUUGUACCAUCCGUGGUGUCACUUCCAAAACUAGCAUCUGCAAAGAUUUCAAGACCUCCAGUCUUCUGACUGGUGAACCUCAGCCUGUAGUGCAAAGUCCCUUUCAAAUAGCAGGCUAUGCGCUUCAGAGCUUUCCAAUCCUGAACAGUAGGAUUGUUGGCAUGUCUGCUAAGCAGGUUAGUGCUUACAGCUAUGACAGGUCUUGAACAUCUAGCAAUGAAAUUCAGCUUGCCUAGAAUGCAUCUGUACAGCGUGGUAUCAGAAAAUGCUUCAGCAGUACUAUCUACCUGGUAACCUGUCACCAUCGGUGUGUCUGCUGGGUUUGCAUCAACCAAAUUCAGCCUUGUUAAUACAGGAACGAUUUUCUGUGUUUGGUGUACCAGAAAAUAACCUGCUUGGUCCCUCUCCACCUGCAGAGAAAGAUAGUUGGAUACCUCACCAAGAUGCUUCAUGUCAAAGUGCUCCUUCAGCUGAGCGAGGGUGCUUUGGUACAAAGCCUGAUUCUUCCAAAACAGAAGAAUAUAAUCAACAAAACACAAACAAUACAGUUUGUUUUGCCCCUCCUCCUUGACAAAGACACAUGAAUCAACUUUGCCUUGGUGAAAACCUAGAGAAAGCAAUGUCUCAGUGAGUUUUGUGUUCCAACACCUGGCACUCUGCUUGAGACCAUAUAAGGAUUUCCAUAGUUUACAGACCAUUCCUUUCUGUGUCUGCAUUCCAUCAGGUGGAAACAUAUACAGCUCCUCCCCCAAAAACCCGUACAAAAAAGCUGUGUUCACGUCGUGAUGAGAAACGUGCAGUUUCUCCUCUGCAGCAAUCGUGAGCAUUAGCCUAAUGCUCUUAUACUUGAUGGUGGAUGAGUAGGUCUCGUGGUAAUCCUGUCCUGGUACCUGUGAAAAACCUCUGGUGACCAAUCUGGCUUUGUGCCUGACAACCUUGCCAUUCUGGUCUGUCUUGGCCUUAAAGACCCAUUUGCUGUCCACCAGCCUCAUUCCUGGAACUAUUGGCACCAGCUCCCAGGUUUAGUUCCUAUUCAAGGAAUCAAUUUCAGCCUUCAUCUUUAGAUGAAUUUCAGGCUCAGCAUCUUUAGUAGUUAACUCCUGGAUCUCUUAGAAGCUUAAAGGUUCCCAUACCUUCUCUGAGCUACUAAUAACAUCAACUGCUGUUUUAGCAAACUCAUCAGGAUACCUCUUUGGAGCUUUGCCUUUUGUGACCCUUUCAGAUCUGCGUACUAGAUGCAAGUCUUCUGCACUCAUCUCCUCUUUCUUAGGAGAAUGGUGGCCAAUGGUGAACAGUGGUUCUUCCAGUUCAGUGUCAGACGCAUCAGAUGGUCUGAGAGAGGCCUUUGUGCUUUUGUAGUCUGCUUUGUCAUCACUGUCGCUGACAUCAGCAGCUGCACCGCCCACUGAGCUGGAAUCCGAACUCUGAUCAUCAUCCUCAGCUUCCUCUGCUACCUCAUCAUCCUCAUCUUCUGAGUGACUCUGGAAAAUUCCCACAUUCCCCCCCCCCACUUGGGAUUGUACUCAACACUCUUUGUAAACCGUAUGGUCUUAGUGUCAGUCAUGAGUACCCUGUAUGCACCUUUUUCGUACCCCAUGAACAAACCAUGUCAGGGAACUGCAGGUAGAGAGGGGAGGUUACAGGGGAAGAUCUCCUUUAAUCAGCAGUUUCUCGUCCUCAGAGGAAAGGGAAGACAAAGAGGGGAGUGACACUGAGAGGGAGGGGGAACUUCCGAGUGUUAAUGCCUCUCGUCACAGGAGGAGGAGGGGGCUGGGAAGUUGGUGGUGUUUGCCCCACCUCAAAAAGAGAAGCGUCAGAAGGAACAACUCGCCAUGAUGAACGGACUGUUUUUCUUGAACUGCUUGUAAAUACGCCAAGUGCAAUAAAGAUAACAGAUUAUGGCUGGGUGCCUGGAUUUUUAUCUCCUCUCAGCGUUACAAAUCAAGGGGUGCUAGCUCUCCCUGACACCCACACUUUCCAAGCUUGCUGCUCUGUGGGGUGUGGACCCACAUGUCAGAACCAAAGAUUCUCAUGUGUUUGACGUAAGGUUUCUUACCAAACAUCUUCUCAUAGGGAGUACAGCCAAUAGGUGAAGACAAUCUCCUGUUAUACAUGUAAACAAAAUUAGAGAGUGACUCUGCCCAAUAUUGCUCAGGAAGAUUGGCAUCAUGCAACAAGGUUUUUAGGUCUUGCAGCAAAGUUUGAUCGCCCUUUCACAAAGUCCAUUCUCCCAGGAAGACCUAGGACUUGAGAGGUCAUGCUACAUUCCCUUCUCAGUCAGAAAAGCUUCAAACUGCUGAGAAGUGAAUUCACCGCCUCGAUCAGUAAGCAAACAACCCAGAUGUCUGCCGUGGGCAUUUUCCAACCAAGCACAGAAUGCCUUGAACCUAGGAAACUCUUCUGAUUUCUGUUUCAGCACGAACACAUGAAUGUACCUGGAAAAAGAAUCAAUUAAAACCAUGAAGUACCUUGCUCUACCCAAAGAGGGUGCAAGUGGACCAACCAGGUCUCCGUGGACUAGCUGAUAGGGGUUAGAAGUCUGCCUGCUAGACACUUGCCUUUGGGUGCAACCUUAACUUUGUGUUCUGCACAAGAGACACAUUUCAUUUAAUACCUGCAGGGUUUGAUGGUUAAACCCUGAACCUUCUCUGGCAUCUUGGCUAGCGCUUGCCAUCCCAGGUGACCAAUUAUUCAAUGGUGUGUAUGAAUACAAUCUAAAUGAAGAACUUUCUUAGUUUGUGCAACACAGCAAGAUUCAACAUUAGGCACAUUAACACCAGUGUCAUCAUAAGUUAUCAAGAACAAUCCAUCUACAAAACUAGCAUGCAAGAUGUCCUCAUUGUUCUUCCUGAUGACACAGAUCCCCUUCUUGAAGGAAAUUUCAAAGUCUUGCUCAGUCAGCUGUGGGAUACUGAGCAAAUUGUCUGCUGAGUCAGGAACAUACAGUACUUUACUGAUGGUGGUGUGCAAACUUGCCAGCUUCACUGUUCCAAUCUCAGCAACCCGCAAAGUCUUACCAUCAACCUGUUGAAUUGCUCCAUCCUGUGGUGUAAAGGAGAUAAACAAGUGUCUGUCCCUUGCAAUGUGCUGCGACGUGCCUGAAUCCACAACAAAUCGGGCUUUGGCUUUUGGAGAAGCAGUGCUAGCAACCAAAGCCUUGUUCUGCACUGUUUUGGGCUUUUGGCCCCCCUUCUUCCGGCCAUCUGCAGACUUUUUCCUCUGUUUACCUUUUGCCUUUGGACAAUCCUGCUGGAUUUGACCUUGGUUCCCACAGAACAGGCACUUCACAGCUGCCAACUCCUUAGCUCCCCCCUGGUGGCUGCAAUGCUGUUCCAGGUGAUGUCGCAGUCUGCUCCCCCUGAAGCAUGCAACCAGGGUCUGCUGCGUUCCUCUGAUCAUACUCAUUUUGGAGGACGGCCAAAACCUUUGCUGCAGUCAGGUCUUGGGCAGGUAGAGUAGCCAGCUUGGCUUGUCACAGCAUGGUAACUCAUCCAGGGAGUCCAAAAUCAGGACAGCAAAUAAAGACUCAGGCAUAGUGAAACCUCUAUGCACUGAUUCCUGUCUUAACUUCUGCAAGUUCAAUACAUGGGCUCUCAGGUCUCCCCCUGGCUCAAGCUUCUUUCUGUGCAGCUUUCUGAAGUAAAGCAAUACAGACCCAGCUUCUGUUCUCAGAUGCAAAUCGCGCAACCCUUCCCACAUCUGGCACGAAGUGGUCUUGCCAGCCAGGGUAAUUAACUCCUCCAGAACUACUGACAGGAGAAUUGCCCCCAUGGCCUUGGAGCUGGCUGCAGACCAUGCUUCUGUGAUUUGAGCCGGGGGAUCUACAGAAACAGUGUGCCACACUCCAAGCCAUCUCAAUUGACCCUUGCAGUACUUUGCCCAGGUCUGAGAAUUUUGUCCAUUUAAAUGUGGACAGGGAGCCCCAUCAGACGCAGUCUGUAAAAGAUCCAUUCCUGCUUUUUACUUCAGCCAGGAACUGAGCUCUUCACAGGUCAUAAAUCUUAGCAGGUCGUAAAUCAACGCAGCCUGCUUCUUUCUGGCAUUAAUUGCUUGGCACGGACAUCAAAGGCCCUCUAUGUGGGGAAAUGCUUCACUCCACAUACCUCUCUACUUGCCAGGUCGAUACAACAGCCAUCAGCAGCCUUACUCUCAUGUAAGCGCCGUGGAUCUGGACCCAUAACCCUGUUGUUGGCAUGCAACCAAGGAAACGGGGGCAAUUGGCAGCCCCCCCCCCCCCAGCUGGCUCCAGCCCACCGGCCAGUGUGCCGGGCGAUCUCCAGUCCUUGUUGCAGCAUCUGUGACCCGAGCUUCAAAAGCUGGGGCAUGCAACUCAGCAGAGUAAACGCGCAAACAGACGUGGCAGGAGAGGCUGUGUGAGCAUAUUUACAAGCAGUUUAUUCAUAAUACAUCAGGACAAAAGGAAACAUGUCUGAUCUCCUUCGUGUCCAAAGCAAGGCAGCUAAAAGCAAAAGCUAUAACAAACAGAAGUUCCCAGCAAGCUGUGCUGGAGUGUAAACAGACAUGUGACAUACAACAAUUCCACACGUCUGUUCUUAAGGUGGAAUGGAAUAUUCUAACACUCACCUCACAGAGUGUUUGUUGUGGGGUUGGAAGGGAAAGAAAAAUGUUAGCCGCUUUGAGACUCCUUCGGGUAGUGAUAAGGCAGGGUAUCAAAUCCAAACUCCUCCUCUUCUUCUUCCUGCAGUGAACACUUUGAAUAUUCUGAGUAAUCUUUAUUUACAUAAUUGAGAGACUGAGAAUCAGAAGUUCUCACCACUCUUUUUAUGUUUUAUUAUCUUUUUCUUCAUGUAGUUUUCCUUUUCCUUUUUCCUUUUAUCCACUAUGCUUUUGCUUAUUUUUCGUUUUGUUCAUUAUGUCCUCUACUCUGGCUUAAUGAGGUUGGAAGGUGAUGGUUGGCAGGUGAAAGACCCUGCUUGAGAGGCAGGGAAGGGAAGAUCUCCCAGGGUUGGAGGCUGGGAGAAGAAAGGGAAGCUCCCAGGUGAGACAGGAAGGUCAACCCCUUUCUAUGGGUCCCAACCUUUGGGAGAGGGCUUUUUUCAUCAUCCACCUGCCCCGCUUUCUCUUUUUCUUUUCUUUCUCUCUUUUUUGUUUUUUGCUUUUACUUUUGUUUAGAUUAGUUUGAUUACUUUGUUUUUAUUAUAUUGUAUGUUGAAAAAUUUCAAUAAUGAUGAUGAUGAUGUAGCACAGCUUGCUAGGAAGCGGAAAUGUGCCAACCAGCGUGGAUGUGGCUGUGCACCAUGGAUCCUCAAUUUCUCACCUCUAGUUUACUGCUGUUACUGCUUCCCUGAACACUCUAAACAAUUAUUUUUGAGCAUUGCCACAUGUUUCCUUACUUACUGCACAUGCCUACUCACAAAAUCUAAUCAAGUUAGCCCCCCGACUCAAAGCAGCACUAAAUCAUCUCAUUUGUUGCUCUCUGUGCUUUCUAGGAAUUGUCAGAUGAGAUUGAAGACUACACCCACCACUUCAGCACGGACGACCAAGUGGAGUGGAAUCUGGUUCUCCAAGAGGUGGCUGCAUUUGUCGAGGUGAGGACUUAAAAGUGAAUCGCUGCAUUUUCCUUUCUUUCUGAAAAAGCUCAGUAUCUUCCCAGAUCUUGACUCAUAUCCUACAUCUUCUGCAACAAUCCUCAGGCAAAAGGGGCAUUUAGCUCAGUGUUCUAUCUUCUACAGUAGCUAGGCAAAUCCCCUAAGAAAUUGGCAAGCAAAGAAUGUUGGAGUUUUCCCAUUUGUUCCCAACAUCGGGUAGUUAAAGGGUGCUGCAGAAUAUGUAGGCCCUUAAUUCUUACAACUAAUACCUCUUGUCUUCUCUGUUAAUUGGUAUUUUUAGCAAGCCAUCUGAGCUAGUUACCAUUAUUGUAGUUUGCUAUUAUGGGAAGCAGAGUUUUUGUUUAAAAGGCAAACCACACACCCAUGCUUCUAGUUCUCAUUGUUUUAGUGAGAAGCUUUUAAACGCUGAAAGAAACGGGAGGUCAUUGUCUUCCCUCUGUGCCUUCAAGUUAUCUCCUACUACCCAUUCCCCCUCCUAGUAACUCACUUCCUGCUUCUAUAUAGUCCUUUGCCUUUUCCAAAUAGGAACAAUUGCUUUCAUAGUGUUAGAAAAAGUAAAUUGAGCAACAUUAUACAAGGGAAGCAACACCACUCAGUGGUAGAACAUCUGCUUUGCAUGCAAAACAUCCCAGAUUCAAUCCCCAAUAUGGCAUUUCCAGGGAUGUCCCCUGUCUGAGACCAUAGGGAGUCAUGACCAAAGAGUGUUGGCAAUACUGAGUUUGAUGAGCCAGUGGUCUGACUUGGUAUAAGGUAGCUUCCAGUGUUCCUAAGGUAAUAUAAUUUUUGCCAGCAUGUAUGUGUAUAUAUACAAAAAACAGAAUUAUUUAUUCCUGAGUGGGCAGGAAUAGAAUGCAAGAGCCCUACUCAUAAGCCAAAUCUUGUGAAGGAAAUAUGUGUAAUUAAGACUAGAAUCUUGCAGGGAAAAUUCCUUUGAUCGCAGCUGCUCUUAUUACUCCUGGACUUUCAAAAGCUCGCAGUAAUAUAUCAGAGGCUGAUUUGCAGUUCACCUGGUGCUGCUCCAUCCUCAUGGUAAAGCGAGUCUUCGCCAAAAGAAACAAGCUUAGUACAGGAUAAUUGACAAACAGAAUCUCUGUGAGGAGAACCUGAGCUUACAGGGUUAAACAGCUCAGAGUGUACGCCCUGCCUACUAUUGGGAGGGGGGAGAUUCUGCGUCAUAGCCGAGAGUCUAAACCCUUUGUUCUCUCUACUUUCGCUUUUGAGGAGAGUGGACGUGUUUUCACGAUGCUGUUCAACAAUGGAUAGUCUGCUGUAAAUAAAAACUGCUUCUAGCUGCUAAUAUCCUGAGUGGACUUUAUUUAAGCACACUGAAGAAAGCACUGAAGUUUGCAGCUUUCUCUUACCGCUGCUUAACUCUGCGUUUGCUCAGAGCAUCGGAAUGUGGCCCUUUGAAGUGCGGAGGCCUGGCUGGUAGCUGCGCAGCCGAAACGGGCUGGACGCCAGGACUUAUCUGAGCAAUAAAUCUUCUUCAGGUUAUGGGCGACAGUUACGACAGUUACGGAAAGCCUGCUUUGAUGUGCUGUGUGCUUUAAAAAGGCUGAGAAAGUUGAGAAGCUGCUGUUUUGCUGCCGGAAGAAAAAAAGUCCUGCUUUGAGGCUUUGCUUGGGAGAAAGCAGGGAAACUGGCUGCAAUGCUGUGUGCUGCAAAGAGUCGCUGGAGGCCUCUCCUUUGAAGCUGGCUGGUAUGCGUGAAUACUUCAAAGCCCCAAUGGGAGCACUGGGGGAGGAGAUGGCUGAGCUCCAGGACUUUUAUGAUGUCCCGUUUGAAAAGCUCACAACCCAGUCCUGGGAUAUCUGGGUUAGGAGAGUAAGGGGGUGGUUUUUGGCCACAGGGCUCUGGAGUAUAGCCCAGAAGGAGCCGGCCCCACCCAUGCCAGUUGCUGCUGAAGAUGGCGCAGCAGACCUGGAGGCUGCUUUGUUGGAAGAUAGAGAGCAAAGAAUGCAAAGAGAGCUCUGCAUGUUGAGAGCAAGCGUAGACGCUUUGCUGUUGCCCCACCUGGAGGGCGUUGAGUCUGCUCAGGCCGCCUGGCAGGUGCUGAGGAGUCUGUGUGAAAGCUCAGCAGGAGCCCAGGGCUGGGAGAAAGCCGAGAGCAGGGAGGAAGCCGAGAGCCCAGAGGGGGCUGCUGGCCAUGUUCCUGAAGUUACAGCUGGGAGUAGCUGCUUUGUCUCCGAGGGGCCGUGUGAUGUUGAGGCCUACAACCAGAGUGCUGGGGAGCGUGCAGGCCCAGGCUGUGCACCCAAAGGUGGGGGUGCUGAGAACAAAGGAAUGGCUGAAGAGGGAGCUGUGAGAGCUGUUGCUACGCGUCACCGCUGUUAUCGCUGUGGCUCCCCCUCCCAUCUUGUGAAAGAAUGUCCAGUGGAGGCACAGGAACAGCCGAAAGCCGUUUCCCGUAGCAACCAGAUAAAGGGCUCUUCUUCAAAGCGUGGGAAAGGCAAGCUGAAGGCAGCUGGCAGAGACACUGAACAUAAACAUUUGGCAGCCUCUAUGGCUGCAGUCAAGAGUUGUCAACAGGAUGCUGUGCUGGCUUUUGUGAUCGACAGUGGCGCUUCCCAUCAUCUCGUGCCAUCUAGUGGUUACCUGGAAAACUGCACCUCUGUAACUUCUGGGAAGACUGUCUGUUUAGAAGAUGGGACUCGACACCCACUCACGCAGACUGGCUCACUGUUUUGUUCUUUCUUACAGGAUUCAAUCCAGGCUUUUGUUGUUCCAGGACUGUCCUGCGCGUUGCUGUCUGUCAGAGCCCUUCUUGCUGAGAACUACAGAGUGUGUUUUGAGAACAAUAAGUGUUCUAUUUCUAAGAAUGGACAGCACCUAGUCAGUGUUGAAUGUAAAGACAGGUUGUUUGUGAUAGAUGCUUCUUUUGCAGGUCCAGAUGACACGGAGGAGGCUCAAGCACAGUGUGCUAACGUUCCAGUUCAUGAUGCGUGUGCUCACUUAUGGCACCGACGCAUGGCUCACGUGUCCUGGGGGUCAGUGAAGAAGAUCCCAGAGUGUACGCAAGGGUGCAAAAUGAAAUCAUGUGCUAAGUUUCUAGAUUGCAGAGCGUGCAAGUCCGCAAAAGUGAAAACGUGCACAUACCCAAGGUCUGAGAGGGUGACCACUAGGGCUUUUCAGUUAAUUCAUGCAGAUUUGUGUGGUCCGAUGUCUGUGACCAGUAUGGGCGGAGCCAAAUAUGUGCUGGUUCUGAUUGAUGACCACACGCACAACUCCUGGCUCUUCACGAUCCAACACAAAAAUGUAGCUGCGCCGCUAAUCAAAGACUGGAUUGCGGCUGUGGAACUGCAGUUUUCCACACGGGUGCAAAACUUUCAGAGCGAUCGCGGUGGGGAGUUCACCGGGUCUGCGCUGCAAAGUUUCUUCCGCAAGAAGGGUAUUCAACACAGGUUGUCCUCUCCACACAGUCCCCAACAGAAUGGAAUUGCGGAAAGACGGAACAGGACUCUAGGGGAGAUGUCUGCAGCUCUUUUGUUUGAUGCCGGGCUCCCACAGCGCUUUUGGGGGGAGGCUUGGCGAACGGCCAACUUUAUUCUGAACGGGUCGUUCAAUUCAGUGGUAGGUGACACACCCUACUUCUUGCUGUACGGAAAGAAGCCGAAAGUGCACUACUUCCGCGUUUUUGGCUGUGAGGCUUGGGUCCUCAUACCAAAGGCCAAACGCAAGAAAGGUGAACCCAAGUCCCAAAAGAUGAUUUUUUGUGGGUAUGAGCCAGGGACCAAGGGGUGGAGGUUUGCUUAUCCGUCAGGGAAUCAGUCCAGGAUUCUGCUCAGCAGCAGUGCUGAAUUCUGUGAGCAGAGUGGCUGGGCAAGGAUACAUGGGAACCCUGACAUCCUGUCAGAGAGUCUGCUUGACUCUGCCGAUGAAGGAGAGGAAGAGGUUGAACCUGCUACUGAGGCUCAGAGUCCAGACCCAGUGCAGGCAGAGGGGAGAACUUCUCCCAAGGCUGUGAAGAUUGAGCAACGCAGUGCUCCAUCUUCCCCCACAAGUUCGGCUGAGAAGUCCAGAAGGCGCAGUAAGUCAGAGGGGGAGCUCUCUGAUGCCAAGGACAUUCUGGCUGGCCCUAGUGGGUCAGAGGGGGUUCCUGAAGUAGUGCUGCGCCGUUCAGCUCGGACGACCAAGGGGAAACCUCCUGAAAGGUUUGCCGUCACUAGCGUGUGGGUCGGAAUGGCACAGUGUGAACCCGAGAGUUUUGUGGAUGUUCAGAAACGCCUCAGGAAGAAGCCAGGAAAUGACAUGAGGCGAUGCAGAAGGAGAUGAACUCAAUGGAGUCGCUAGGUGUGUUCUCCCUCACGAAGUUGCCGGUGGGUGAACAGGCCGUGGGUAGCCGCUGGGUUUACUGUCUUAAGCCCACAGCGACAGGAGAACUGCAGUAUAAGGCCAGAUUAGUGGCGAGAGGAUUUACGCAGCGCAGGGGGUUGCAUUAUACGGAAGUUUAUGCUCCCACCUCUAGGAGUGAAUCUCUACGCUUGGUCUUGGCCGUUGCUGCACAAAGAGGUUUGCUGGUGCAUCAUUUUGAUGUGGAUGUUGCUUACUUGAACUCAGACCUCCAGGAGGAUCUGUACAUGCUUCCUCCUCCAGGGUUUGAGGGCAAUGAGCAAGGUACUGUGUGGAAACUUCACAAGUCAAUUUACGGUCUGAAGCAAUCGGCCAGAAAUUGGAACUUGUGCCUGAAUGAAGCUUUGGAGAAGCUAGGUUUCAGGAAGAGUCUUGCUGACAGUUGCCUGUUCCUUAGAGGAUCAGGAGACUCACAGGAACUGGUGUUAUUUUAUGUUGAUGACAUCAUCCAUGUUGGAAAGGCAGACAAACAGGUGCAGAAGUUUGCCAAAGAGCUUGGGAAACGGUUUCAGCUCAAGAACCUGGGUGCAGUAAAGAUCUUUUUUUUUUUUUAAAGAAUAUUUAUUCCAAUUUUAAAGUUACAGAAAAAAAGAAAAAAACAUACAGGAAAAAAAAUAUAUAACAUGUUACAAAAAACAGACAGUAAGAAAAACUCAACAAAAAAUAAAAAUACAUUACAAUAAAGUAUUACAAAAAUCAAAUUAAACCUUUACAACCUUUUUCCCUUUUACUUAUUUCCAUGACUUCCUCUCACCUCCCUGCUUUGUAUUCUAGUUUAGAUCGUAUCUCCAGCAAAUCCUUCUAACCUUCUUUUCUUUUACUUGUUUUAACUUUCGAUAAUAUUUAAUCCUCCUCUAUCCUCAUUUUACACUUCAUUUUUACUUACUCCAUUUAUACCAUAUCUGCCAAAACGGCCUAAUAUUCUUUUCCAACCUCUUUCUAACAUUCUUUUAUAUUGCAGUAUUUCUGAAGAUAUAUUUUAAAUUUUUUCCAAUCUUCUUCCAUCGACCCUUCUUCCUGGUCUCGAAUUCUGCCGGUCAUCUCAGCCAGUUCCAUAUAGUCCAUCACUUUCAUCUGCCAUUCUUCUCGGGUAGGCAAUUCCUGUGUCUUCCAGUAUUUCCCAAUGAGAAUUCUUGCUGCUGCUGUCGCAUACAUAAAAAAAUUUCUAUCUUCCCUUCGCACCAAUUGGCCGACCAUGCCCAAGAGGAAGGCCUCUGGUUUCUUCAAGAAAGUAUAUUUCAAUACCUUUUUUAAUUCAUUAUAUAUCAUUUCCCAGAAGGCCUUGAUCUUUGGGCACGUCCAUCAAAGGUGAAAAAAAGUACCUUCAUUUUCUUUACAUUUCCAACAUUUAUUAUCAGGCAAAUGAUAGAUUUUUGCUAGCUUGACUGGGGUUAAGUACCACCUAUAAAUCAUUUUCAUUAUAUUUUCUCUUAAGGCAUUACAAGCCGUAAAUUUCAUACCUGUGGUCCAUAACCGUUCCCAGUCAGCAAACAUAAUAUUAUGCCCAACAUCUUGUGCCCAUUUAAUCAUAGCAGAUUUAACCGUUUCAUCCUGUGUAUUCCAUUUCAGCAGCAGGUUAUACAUUCUUGACAGGUUCUUAAUUUUAGGCUCUAACAAUUCCGUUUCCAGUUUGGAUUUUUCCUCCUGGAAACCAAUCUUUUUAUCUAGGUUAAAAGCCUCCCUUAUUUGAUAAUAAUGAAGCCAGUCUCGAACUUUAGUUUUUAAUUUGUCAAAACUCUGCAGUUUUAGUUUAUCUCCAACUUGUUCUAAAAUUUCACAGUAUUUUGGCCAGUUUGUCUCCAUAUUAGUUUUUUUCAAUGCCUUAGCCUCCAUUGGUGACAGCCACCUUGGUGUUUUACUUUCCAACAAAUCCUUAUAUCUCAUCCAAACAUUAAACAAUGCUUUCCUGACAAUAUGGUUCUUAAAGGCCUUAUGCGCUUUAACCUUGUCAUACCAUAAAUAUGCAUGCCAUCCAAACACAUUAUCAAAACCUUCUAAGUCCAGAAUGUCCGCGUUUUCAAGAAGUAGCCAAUCUUUCAGCCAGCAAAAUGCGGCUGAUUCAUAAUAUAGUUUAAGAUCUGGUAGGGCAAAUCCCCCUCUUUCCUUCGCAUCUUUUAAUAUCUUAAAUUUUAUUCUAGGCUUUUUGCCCUGCCAGAUAAAUUUGGAGAUAUCUCUUUGCCACCUCUUGAAACAGUCCAUUUUAUCCACAAUUUGCAAUGUUUGAAACAAAAACAACAUUCUAGGCAAUACAUUCAUCUUUAUCGCAGCAAUUCGGCCCAACAAUGAUAACUUCAAUUUUGACCAUAUUUCUAAGUCCUUCUUUACUUCUGACCAACAUUUUUCAUAAUUAUCUUUAAACAAAUUCACAUUUUUAGCAGUCAUAUGCACCCCUAAAUAUUUCACUUUGUUCACUAUUGUUAAUCCUGUCUCUUUCUGAAACCUCUCUUUCUCAAUCUCUGUAAGGUUUUUCUCUAAUACCUUAGUUUUCAUCUUAUUCAAUUUAAAACCUGCUACUUGGCCAAAUUCUUGGAUUAAUUGCAAUACUCUUUUUGUGCUAGAUUCUGGCUCCUGUAAUGUCAAAACUAAGUCAUCAGCAAAAGCUUUCAAUUUGUACUGUUUAGCUCCGAGUUGUAUACCUUUAACCAAUUGGUCUUUUUUAAUCAUAUUGAGCAAAACCUCCAGGACCGAUAUAAAAAGCAGUGGGGAGAUUGGGCAACCCUGUCUUGUUCCUUUCUCUAUCUUAAAUUCUUCUGUGACUACAUUGUUCACAAUGAGCUUAGCUUUUUGUUCCGAAUAAAUUGCACCUAUACCAUUUUCAAAACUUUGGCCUACCCCCAUCCCCUGCAGAUUUUUCUUCAUAAAGUUCCAAGAAAUAUUGUCAAAAGCUUUCUCUGCAUCUACAAAUAUUAAAACCGCUUUGGUAUUAAUAUUAACUUGCAGUUUUUCUAAAAUAUUAAUAAUAUUCCUCGUAUUAUCUGACAGAUGUCUCCCCGGGAGAAAGCCCGCCUGAUCUUUAUGAAUCUCUUUCACCAAUACAUUUUUUAAUCUUUUAGCCAUAAUUUCCGCAAAAAUUUUGUAAUCCACAUUAAGUAGGGAUAUGGGACGGUAGUUCUUCAACUGUGUCUUUUCCACUUCAGUUUUUGGUAUAAGUGUAAUGUAUGCUUCUUUCCACGACUCGGGUGCUUUUCCUCCCGUAGUAUUUCAUUGCAAAGUUCUUUCAACGGUUGCAAUAACCAUUCUUUCAAAGAUUUGUAGUACUUUGCAGUUAGACCAUCCGGUCCUGGAGAUUUGCCCAAUUUCAUAUUCUGAAUGGCUCCUUCCACCUCUUGGUCAGAUAUUAUAGAAUUUAAUAUUGAUUUGCUCUCUUGAGAUACUUUUUGUAAUCCAUUAUUUUUCAAAAACCGAUCAAUGUCUGAUUCUUUCUGGGUCUCCUGCGUAUAUAGCUGUUUAAAAUAAUUCUGAAAGCACUUCCGAAUCUCUCCAGGAUUCUGUAUGUUCUUCCCUUCUACUACCAAGUUCGUGAUCGUAUUCAGCUUUUGUCUUUUUUUCAUUUGCCAGGCCAGUAAUUUCCCACACUUAUUUGCCGAUUCGAAGGUCUUUUGUUUCAUCUGUUUAACCUUCCAUUCUAUCUCCUGAUUCAUCAGUUUCAUAUAUUGUACUUGAUAUAGCUUUAUCUCUUUUAAGAUCUCCUGUGAGUUCAGUUUCACCCUCAGCCUUUUUUCUCCAUCCUUAAUUUUCUCCAGAAUUUUUUCUCUCUUCUCAUUUUGAUAUCUUUUCCUAAUUGCAUUUUGUUGUAUCAGAAAUCCUCUCAUCACCGCUUUGCUGGCAUCCCAAAUCACUCUUUUUUCGGUCGUAAUGUUCAUAUUUAUCUCAAAAUAGUCUCUCAAGCUUUUCUGGGCCUUUUUAAUAAUUUCCUCAUUCCUAAACAAGGAGUCAUUCAUCCUCCAUCUAAAAGCUCCAAUUGGCGUUGAUAUCAUUUCAAUCUUUACUGGAUUAUGAUCAGAGCAAAUUUUCGGGCAAAUCACCGCUUUUUUUUAUCUUAGGGGCCAGUCCUCUAGUAAUCCAGAUUUGGUCUAUUCUUGUCCAUGUCAUUUUUGCUUCAGAGAAGAAGGUUCCUUCUCUUUCCAAGGGGUUCUUUAUUCUCCAAAUAUCCACAAGAUCCAUAUUGUCAGUCAUUUCAAAAAAAGUCUUUGGUAGUCUUCCAUCAUUCGUCACCGUUUGUCUUUGGGCUUUAUCCAUAUUUGUAGACACUACUCCAUUCAUAUCUCCCAUCAAGAUAAUGUUGUAGUCCAAAUAAUCCAGAAGGGUUUCGUGCAGUUUUUUAAAGAAUUCUGAUUUUCCCUCAUUUGGUGCAUAGACACCUAAUAUCAAAAAACUUCUGUCCUUGAAACUGAAUUUCAAUUGCUAUAUAUCUUCCUUGGUCAUCUUUAAAUAUGAAUUUUGGUGACAGGCUUUCCUUUGCAUAGAGUACUACUCCUCUUUUUUUCACAUUAUCCGAUGAAAUAAAUUCUUCUCCCAAUCUUUUGUUUAUCAAAAUUUUCCGGUGUAGCCUUGUCACAUGCGUCUCUUGUAAACAAAUCAAGUCCAAAUGUUCUUUUUUCAAUAUAUGAAAUACUCUCCCCCUUUUUGCCGAUGAAUUCAUGCCAUUAAUAUUCCAGCUUAAAACUUGAAGUGUCAUUUUGUACUUACUCUCCUUCUCCUCCAACAGCCCCAAGAAGUUUGUCUAUAUCUGUCGGUGGCGUUGGUUUCGCUUUUUUUUGCAAACUCUUAUCCGGUACAGCAGUGUCUUUUCCCAAUCCUUUCUGUAGAUCUUCUUCGUAUGCACUCAAAAACUUGUUCUUUUCCUCCACUGAUCUUAUCUUAGUCUUUCUUCCUUUAAAACUAAAGGAUAGACCUUGAGGGAAUUCCCACCUGAAAAGAAUCUUGUUUUUUCUCAACAAGGCCACCAAGUCUCCAAAAUCUUGUCUUAGGUCCAAAAGAUGUUUUGGUAUAUCUUUAAAAAUUUCCACUUUUGAUUGUAAAAUUGUCAAAGGUUUUUCGUAGUGCAGGCCCAAAAUUUUGUCCCUUUCUUCUUUAGAACGAAGAGUAAUCAAACAGUCCCUUAUUUUAAUCUUUCUUCCUCCUUUCCCCAAUCUGAAGGCCCUCACAAUCUUAAAGUCCUCUUGUUUCAAGUCCAAUUUCCAAAAUUCCACAAAUUCUUGUGUCAAAAAGUCUAUCAAGGUGCCUUUCUCCAAUUCAGGAACAGCUCUAAUUCUUAAAUUGGUUUGUUUGUCUUUGAGAUCGAUCAUAGACAACGUUAACUUAUGUUCUGCAAUCUCUUUCUGUAGGUCUGGUACCUUCUCAGUUUCCAAUUGCCCCAAUUUAAAUUCCACAGCAGCAGUCUUUUCCUGUAUAGACUUUGAGUCUUGCAGUAAUCUCUGGAUAGAUUCCGUAUUGCUGUUUACCUUUUUCUCCAAGUUAUCUAGUGUUUCUGUGUUUAAGUCAAUUUUUUUAUUAGCAAUGUCCACUUUCUGGUUCGUUUCUUCCACUUUCCUAUUCGUCUCCUCCACCCUUGUACUAAGUUGUUGUAAAGAUUCAUUAAUCUUAGCCAGGGCAUUGGCUAAAAUUUCCUCAGACAUUCCACUAGACUUAGAUUGUGUUGCUGAUGUAGGCAAGCCAGCAGAUGAUUGCCUUCGAUGUCCCCAAGGUUUCCCAGAUCUCAAGACUGACGGGUCUUGAGAUUUCUGGCCAUCUGCCAUAACAAAGUGAAGGUCAAAUUCUUUUCCCACGUAUGCUGUUCCUGUUUACAAAUGGAAAAUUCCUUUACUGUAAUUUCAGGGAGUCCCACUAGGUGGACACUGUUACCACCAAACCAGUUACUGUCCUUCUAAAAUGGCAGGAAAGAGAAACUAAGUAGAAAAACAAAGAAGGAGAAUCCACCAUGUAUCUUUCCAGUUAUUUUCCCCAACGAAAUUGGCCACAGUAUAUCCUCCUUACAGCCAACAGAUAGCGCUGACAGCUUUUGACAGCUGAGACGUCUCACUGACAGAUUGCUCUUAAAAUCUUUAAACAGUCCGGUAGAUACAAGCAAAACCUUUUCCUUUAUCCCUCCGAAGGGUAGAUUCCACCAAAGUUCUCAGGUCAGAAGAAAACACUUAUUUCAAAUCAAUUUUCCCACGUUUAGCUCCAAGUCUCUAUGCUUUAUUCUGUUUACAAUGCGGGGAAGCAGACUUCCUGUUUGCACUUCCCACCGCGGUAGCCAAUUUUAACGUUGUUUUGCUGCUAAAACCUUUCCGCUUUUAAUCCAAUUAGUCCAAUUAGUCCAAUUAAAGCUCUUUUAAUCCAAAUCCUCUACUCACGAUUUGAAAUUUCAGUCCAAAUGUUCCAGGAAUAAGUCAGUGCUCUCCAGCAACGGCAACACGGCUUCGCUCCGUGAAAGCAGCGAUCCACUCACAGCACCGCGCUUCUCCCCCGCUCCGUUCCGAAGCCUAAAAAAAGGGCUUCCUCGCGAGUUGGGGGGGCGCUCCAAGGUGCCCGCCGAGUCUCCACGUUCGCAGGCUUCCGCGCCUGCGAUUUCUAAGGGUCCCCGCUUCGUCGUAGCGCACAGGACCCGAUUUUCACGGAGCUAUCCCCUCCGAGAUCAGAGGAGAUCAGCCAUUUGCUACUGGCGCUGACCGGAAGUCCUGGGUGCAGUAAAGAUCUACCUAGGCGUCCAGAUAGUGAGAACUGAGGAUGGUAGCUUCUUGCUCAGUCAGAAAGGCAAGAUUGAGCAGUUGCUUGAGAAGUUCAGAAUGUCCGAUUGUGCAGGAGUUCGGACACCCAUGGAGACGAACUUAGUGAAAGAUAGCCAGCAAGCAGAAAGUGCUGAGUUUGAGAAUGCUGAGCUCUUUCAGUCAGCUCUAGGUAGUCUGUUGUAUCUGUCCCAAUGGAGCAGACCAGACAUUGCCUUUGCUACCAACCUGCUAAGUAGGGAAGCGUCAAAGCCCAGUGUGAGUGCUUGGCACGGUAUCAAGCGGGUACUGCGCUACCUGCAGCAUACCAAAGACUUCUGUCUUAAGCUGCCAGCUGAAGGUGAGGCGAAGCUCACAUGCUAUGCGGACAGUGACUGGGCGAAUUCGCAGGACCGCAAGUCUGUGUCUGGGUUGGUGGUAAAGUUUGGGAAGUCACUAAUUGGGUGGAAGUCCCGGAAGCAAAGUCUCAUUGCGCUGUCUUCUACUGAGACUGAAUUCAGUGCACUGUCAGAUUUGUGCCGGGAACUAGAGUUCUAUAGAUGCUUGGUGCAAGAGAUCUAUGGGGAUUGUAGUUUGCCCAUCAUGGUUUGGGAGGACAAUCAACCUUGUUUGAAAUUGGCUGAAUCUGCACAAUUUAAGACCAGAACCAAGCAUCUGGACAUACGUUUCCAAAAUGUGUGUCAGAGUGUUCAGUCAGGUUUGAUACUGUGCCACUCAUAGUAACUUGGCCGACGGAUUUACCAAACCUUUAAGCUUCCAGCGUCAUGGGGAGUUUUGUGGUGGUUUGGAGUUGGGGGUAAGUUCUGUACUUACUUUCCCCACAGUAGCGCAGGGCGAGAGGGGGUGUGAGGAGAACCUGAGCUUACAUGGUUAAACAGCUCAGAGUGUACGCCCUGCCUACUAUUGGGAGGGGGGAGAUUCUGCGUCAUAUCCGAGAGUCUAAACCCUUUGUUCUCUCUACUUUCGCUUUUGAGGAGAGUGGACGUGUUUUCACGAUGCUGUUUGACAAUGGAUAGUCUGCUGUAAAUAAAAACUGCUUCUAGCUGCUAAUAUCCUGAGUGGACUUUAUUUAAGCACACUGAAGAAAGCACUGAAGUUUGCAGCUUUCUCUUACUGCUUAACUCUGCGUUUGCUCAGAGCAUCGGAAUGUGGCCCUUUGAAGUGCGGAGGCCUGGCCGGUAGCUGCGCAGCCGAAGCGGGCUGGACGCCAGGACUUAUCUGAGCAAUAAAUCUUCUUCAAUCUCAAAUCACAGUGGCAGUUAGCAUUAGUGUUAACCUGCUCCAUUGCCCCUUUCAUCCAGCUUAAUGUAGUUCGCUUUAUGGGAAAGAGCUUCUGAAUUUCUACACACCCACACACUCCCAGCAGAAUAUUUGGGAAAAUGCGAGGCUUGCUAAUUGCUUGAUCUUUUGUUGCUGUGUUUUUAUUACUUUCAGAAAGGCUUAACCUAAGUCCAGAUUAUUCAUGCCGGGGACCCUCAUUCUCAUGCCUGUCUCCCUUUGUUUGUUUGGUUUUUUUUUAAUAAUUUUUUUUAUUAAAGUUUUAAACAAAUAAAAAAGAAAAACAACACACACACAAAAAAUACAAAACUUAACAAUAAAAACACAAAACAUAACAAUUAAAAACAAACUCUCUUUUCCAUUUCCAAUUUUAAAUUACUUAUUUUCUGGACUUCCUCAUACCUCCCUCUUUUGUAUUCCAAUCCACAUUAUUUGUCCAUUUCUUUUCCACUUUUUUAAUCCCAAUCUUUAAUUUAAUAAAACGUUAAAAUAUAUAACUUCAACUUUUUUAAACCUAAUCCUUGAUCUUAAUGUCAUAUAGCUUUAAAUUUUUCCCUUUUAUUAUCAAAUUUCCAUUUCUUUAAACAUCUUUAAUCUUGAUCUUUUAAUCUUAAUCUAUCCUUAACUUUAACCUGUACAGCUGGAAACCACUUGUUUUCAGUCCAACAUCACUCUAACAUUCCUUAAUUUUGCAGUGUUUCUGAAGAUAGUCUUUGAAUUUCUUCCAGUCUUCCUCCAUCGACUCUUCUGCCUGUCUCCCUUUGAAGGUGACCUUCAACUAAUCCAGAAUGCAGCAGCCAGACUGGUGACUGGGAGCGGCCGCCGAGACCAUAUAACACCGGUCUUGAAAGACCUACAUUGGCUCCCAGUACGUUUCCGAGCACAAUUCAAAGUGUUGGUGCUGACCUUUAAAGCCCUAAACGGCCUCGGUCCAGUAUACCUGAAGGAGCGUCUCCACCCCCAUCGUUCUACCCGGACACUGAGGUCCAGCACAGAGGGCCUUCUGGCGGUUCCCUCACUGCGAGAAGCCAAGUUACAGGGAACCAGGCAGAGGGCCUUCUCGGUAGUGGUGCCCUCCCUGUGGAACACCCUCCCACCAGAUGUCAAAGAGAACAACAACUACCAGACUUUUAGAAGACAUCUAAAGGCAGCCUUGUUUAUGGAAGCUUUUAAUGUUUGAUGUAUCACAGUAUUUUAAUAUUCUUUUGGAAGCCGCCCAGAGUGGCUGGGGAAGCCCAGCCAGAUGGGCGGGGUUAUAAAUAAUAAAUUAUUAUUAUUAUUAUUAUUAUUAUUAUUAUUAUUAUUAUUAUUAUUAUUUCUUUCCAGGCAGACCCUGUGAUGGUGUUGAAUGAUGACAACACCCUUGUGAUCCUCUCCAACCGCCUCUCUGAAACGGGAGCCCCUCUGCUGGAGCAGGGGAUGAUUGUAGGGCAGCUGACUCUCACAGAUGCGCUUAUUAUUGGCCACUGCAACAACCAGGUGGGAUCCUGUACACAAGACUUUCGUCCCAUGUCACAAGUGGGGUCAUUUUAUAUCAAGCGAUCCAACUUUUUUACCUCAUGUCAUCCAGUUUUUUCCUUAAUACUUUGUAUACUUGUUGAAUGA